CUCACACUCAGGACCUGUCUCCUCCUAACUCAUACUGCUGGGUAAGGGAUCCUUAUACCUCUAUACUGAGCUAACAGCUGAUAGAAUGCUACUCACUGCACUGGAUAUUGUAUCACUGACAUCACAUCUGUACAUUCUAUUUACUGCACACACUGCCACAUAAAGGAAUGGGGUGUGUGUGUGUGUGUCUGUGUGUUUCAUUAAACCAAAUACAAAUGUGAAUGACGUAAUACUAAAUGACUUCAUGUAUAUUUUAAUAACACAUAAUAUAUAAAACAUAAUUAUGGUUAACUAGCAGUGUGCUCUGAGAAAAUGUACUUUAAAAUACAACACAAAGCUUCACAUCACUUGUUAGUGCACACAGGUUACUGUUACAACUUAAUGUCUACUUGCUUUAUAAAUCCUCGUGUCUUGGUUCUAGAGCAGUAUUUAUAUAUACUGAAUAUAAUGUUUCCCUGCUAAUGACAUAUAAAAAUAUGCUUAAAGUUAAAAAAAAACUUUUUAUAAUGUAAGUGUUGUAACUUUAUUAUUCAAAAGACAUUGUCAGAAUGGAUCAUUUAUAGAAUAAUCUGGGCAAAAAAAAAACAAAAGUUCAGAAAACAAAUCUCUUCAAAUGACUGGAACUAGUAGAUGCUGUGUUACUGAAAUUAUUACACGAUUUUUACAUUGCUCUAAAUAAGAAGAUUCAGAAAACACUUUGGUUUAUUUAAUGGGAAAAUUAUAAAUUCCAUUCAUUAGAUCACCGAUUAAAAACUUUAAUUAUUUCACGAUAAUAUAUAUAUAUAUAUUAUAGAUAUAGAAGCAAAAUGUAUACAAUGUUGAAUCGCAGCUUUAUUUAUAAUUUUCUUAUUACAAAUACUAUACAGAAAGUAAAUGUAAAAUAAAAACCCUACAAAUGUGAAAAAAAGUCAUUGUAGUAAAACUAUAUAUAUAUAUUUUUGUCAAAUUAUACAUUGAUAUAAAAAGAUGCAUCACGUAGACAGUAUGUUUAUUAUUAUUAUUAUUAUUAUUAUCAUUAUUAUGUUUGUUUUUGCAUCCACAGUGUGUCACAAUGCUUGACGGGUUAAAAAUGGAAGAAAAUAUACAAAAUGUUAUCGAAACGUCAGCUACAAUGUCUUCUCUGUUUGGUAAGUUUUAAUAUUGAUGGAGACUCUAUAUAUAAUUGUCAGUCUGGAGUUCGUUCCAGAAUGAGGAAUUCUGAACCAGAUAAUAUUCGGAAGAAUUCUUAACUGCGCGUUCUAGAUCAGUUUUAAGUGAUCUCAUUAAUUUCUGACACAACAGAACUGAAUGUAUACUGAAUUAAAAAAUCCUUAUAUGUUUACACCUGUAAUAUCAUGUUUUCCUUUAAUUCAUGUAAAUUGCAUAUCGAAUACUAUAACUAUAUUCUAGAAUUGAUCUAGUAGGUAAUUGUGCACAAAAUGCUAUUCUAGAUACCGUUUAUUGCAAACACAUAAAAUAAACUAAAUACUGGAUACAUUCACAGUGUGCUAAGAAUUAGAUUUUUUUAAAAUUUGAAACUCGAAACGUAAGGUGGUAUACUGAAAACAAUUAUUCUUGUAAAAUAUAACACAUAAUGUAUUUACAAUGAGCAAAUUCCUAAUUAAAAAAAAAAAGAAUAAUUGUUCUAUGAAUGUUAACAUGAUCAAUUUACUAAAUAAAAAAAAAUUAUUUACUAAUUAAAAUAUAUAAACAAAACACGAUGUUGACGUUAAGUCAGAAUAAUUCAAACAAAUGUGGCAUUGUGAGCGUUUAGAAGAACUAUAUGUUGACAAUACCUUCUCAUAAGGUAAUGAAUGUUUUGGAAAUAAAACACUUUAUUUAUUAAAAACAAAACAACAAACAAGCACCAUUUAUAUAGCAUGCACACGUACAAGCACUCUAUAUACAAAUGUAUUGUGUAAAUGGCUGCUAUACCUAUUAUAGAGAUAAUGUAUACAUGCAAAUACACACUUUCACAAAUACAUAUACAAACGUAUCACAAGGCAUGUUUGCAUUAAAGAAACACAAAUAUAAUAGAAUACAUAAUAUAUAAUAAUAUUUCCAUAUUUGAAGUACUAUAAUCUUAUUCUAUUUCAGGCUACUUAAAAAGAUUAUGAAAACGUGAAACAUUCUUAAGGUACAUAAAUAAUACAGGAUUAGAAUGCUCAAAACAUAUUUGGGAGAUUCUUUCAGUAAUGCAACAGUUUAAAAUGAAUAAUAUGGAUAGAUAGAUUAGAUAGAUAGAUAGAUAGAUAGAUAGAUAGAUAGACAGAUAGAUAGACAGAUAGACAGAUAGAUAGAUAGAUAGAUAGAUAGAUAGAUAGAUAGAUACAAAGAUAGAUAGAUAGAUAGAUAGACAGAUAGACAGAUAGAUAGAUAGACAGAUAGACAGAUAGAUAGAUAGAUACAAAGAUAGAUAGAUAGUUAGAUAGAUAGAUAAAUAGGGAAAACAUGCAGAGUAUUAUCCAUUCUGUGAAUUAUAACUUUACUAAGUGAAUAUAUGUCAGGGUAUGUUUAUUUGUAUCAGUUUUAGGUGACUAUGACACAGUGCUACAAUUCCAGGUUCAUUUUUUACGUUUGUGACUUGUAGCUAAUUAUUUGCUCAGCAUCGUACGGUUCUUGGGAAUGCCAGAAGUGCCUCUCUCGGCACUGGAAGGGUUUAAUUGUGACCCCCAGUCUGUUUAUAAACUCUGCCCCUCUCCUAUAGUGGGAGAUAUUGCACUUCUACUGCACAUAAUUAAAGCUCCAGAGCGAGGUUAGAAAUCACACCCCAGGCUGUAAAAGGCAGAUUUAAUAAAAAUGAUGACAUUGAGCAGAUUAACCCUUUAUCUCCGUGAUGCCCCUAGGUAAUAGCUAUUAUCUUUUAUAUUGGAUUUUUUUUUUUGUUCUUGAAAUGCUGAAAUCUCUGCAGCAAGAAAAACAAAAUAAAUGGCACAACUGGAAUAGUCAGACAGUAAGAAAAUGAUUCUAACCAUCGCAUUAAAAUAUAUGUAAAUAACAUUAUACACUAUAUAUACAGAGUGACUGUCUACAAAUCUAUGGGACCAGUACAAAAAACAGUGCAUUCAACUUCACAAAACUCUCUGAUGAUAUGCAAUGUGUCAUCAGAUCUUGUCACUCAAUCCCCAUUGCUGUACCCAAUUCAGACGUUUUAUUACCUUUAGAGGCCAUAUGUCUGUCUUUGUCAGUAUGUCUCUCUCCCUCUGGCUAUAUCGAUCUAUAUUACUAUGUGUAUAAGGAGCUGUGUGUAUGUUUGUAGAGCAGGUGAGUGUGUCUAGUGUGUGUUGCCCAGUAUGUAAUUUGCGUUCAGGUGCCCCAGAGCUCAGUUUAAGAUCUAGAAGAAUAUGCCAUUCUGUAAUAAGAAGUUUGUAUGUUUGUGCGUGUCUGUGUUUGUAUGUAUGUGUGUGUGUGUAUGUAUGUGAUAAUGGGUUUUAAAGUUUCAAACUUACAUUGAAAGUCAGUAUUAGAUUGUCAUUCAGCCCAAGAAGAAACAAUAUGUAAUUAAUUCUAGCCUUCACACAAAGAACUAACACAACUGGAUAGUUUGGUACCACAGCUGUUUGUCAGACUGCAUUUUCCAGGAUGUUUAGUUAAAAUGGUGUUAUGGUAAUACUAAUGAUGCCAGGAUAUAUUGACUUUAGUGUACAACAGAGAGGCGUGUCCAUCGAGUUGCACCCUGGCACAUGAAGGGUUAACCCUACAUCUGGGCAGAUGGCAAGCAGUCCUGUGAUUAUUAUAAUCACUAGAAUUAUUCUGAAACAGUUCUGAAUACACAAGAAAUACAAUUCCAGGAGAUUUCGAAGUACAAAUCCAAAAUAAAUCUAACACACUUCACAGACUCUGUGUAAGAAAAUGACAGAGAGCUCACAUGUCAUUACAAGGUGUAAGAUUUAUUACUGAAAUGCAAAUGAAUGUUUAUUAAAUAGAAGUGUAUUUCCUAAGCCUUACUCAAACAGAGUAGAGAUACUGUAUAUACAGUGCAUAUAUUCAGUUUGCCAAAUGCAAUACCAAUGGCUUCCUAGCUACAAUAUAUAUAUAUAUAUAUUCAACGAUUAAUACUAAUUUUAUUUAUCAUGUGUUGGUUUUUUUAAAAUGUUCAUUUUCCUGUUAGGUUUGAUGUCUGAAUCUGUUGUUGGCUAUUAUAGACUGGACUGUUUCAUUCUCAGGUUUAUUAAUUUACAUUGCUCAUGUUCCUGGUUAUACUGAUCCAUUCGCUAUUUACCCAUUAAUACAUAUGACCAUUUGUGAUAUUUGCUGAUAUGAGAUGCUAUUGCUGAUUGAAAUAAAUACUUAUUGGUGCUGAAAAUGAAAACGGGAAAAUAUGCUGUAUUUUUAAUUUAAUUUAGUAUUUUUGCAAAACAUUUUUUUUUGCCAGAUCUAUACAUUCUGAUAGUGAUACUCACAGCAUCUACCGGUUAUAGCCUAUUGAUAACCCUUACUAGGAUCAUUGAUCUAUUUAAUGAACUAUUGAUAACGGUCAUCACGUAUUGAUUAUUGAUCACUGAUGUCCUGGGUAUUGCAGGUCGGGGACUGGAGCAGAAGUGGGUGUGCGAGGGCUGCGAGAGAGUUAUCUGUGACCGCUUUCUCCUGAGGAUCAGUGAAAGCCUGUGGCACGAACAGUGUGCUCAGUGCUGUGUAUGCAAGGAACCCCUGGAGAGCAGCUGCUUCUACAGAGACAAGAAGCUCUACUGCAGGAAGGACUAUGAAAAGUAAGUCGCAGCAUCUGCCAGCCAAAGGAUAGGGAAUUCCAAGGGACUGCAGCUCCCAUCACUGCCAGCCAGCCUCCUGCUGACUGACCAUGGUGGGACUGAAGCUACAAUGAAAUUCUCUGGAUUCCAAGUGUCUGUGUGUUAGAGAAGGCGAGGAAUAGCGUGAAUGCUAAAUGCUCUUUGUAUGGAGUAAAUCAAUAAGUCCUCAGUGAUUAUAAAUAUAGUUAAAUGUUGUCAGGCCAGUCUCAUUGGCCGAAUAAAAAAUAAUAAUGUAUAUUAUAUAUACUGGUACUGAUUGCUUUUGUUUUACUUUGGGCUAUAGAUGAGGAGACCUCCUCCUGACAGGCAUAGUUUGGUCAGUGCACCUGUGGUGGUUGGAGCUAAUAUAAUCUAAAUAAUAUCAUUUCUCUAAAAAUGGUAAUCAGGCAUCCAGAUUGGUUGGCAUUUGGCAGUAGAUUGUCUGGAACUUGGAAUGUUAAAUGGCAGUCAGGCAUUAUGUCAUUGUAAUGAUUUAUUGCAAUAGUUUUAUAACAGCUCUGAAAAAUCAAAUUAGUGAAUUAAGGGACUUGAAUAAAAACAAACAAAAAACCCUCAGGAGUUAUUUACUAAACACUGGUUGGAUUUUUUUCUCUAAACUUUAAGUUAAAAUAGUCAGGCAGUGACUAAAGCUAAGUUUGAGAAUGUUUAGAAACCAGCUGUUGCCUAAAUUUUGUAUCUGAGAACCUGGACUGUAUGUUGACCAAGGGGAUCAUUCUAAUGAUUCUUUCACUUCCUCCAACUGUGUGCAGGGAGAAAUGGGUUAAUAUUAACAAUGGAUCACUUAGCAGUUUAUGGCCUGGAAGACUAUCAGGGUUAAGUGUAAAUUGUCAUGGUGAGAAAUGUUAAUUUGAGGAAUGUUUCCAAUUCAGCUAAUUUGGCCUUAAAUUUGAAAUUCACUUUAAUUUCACUGUGUAUUUCUGACAAUUCUCCCUUCAGUAAUUAACUCUGUGAGUGUCAUUAGGCUGGGUUUAAAGAGACUAUUUUCAUAAUUAGUCAGUCAGUGUUGAUUUUUCAAAAGUUUGUCAUUUUCACUACUAUCUCACUUGAAUCAAGUGACAGAUUGAAUUUUGUUCAUUGGCUUCCUUUAAAAGUCUGUUGUUGAUUCAGAUUUUUGUAAACGCACCUCAUCUUUGUGAAACACCAUUGAGAAUAGCUAAUAGUAGCUUUUGACGGUCAAGGAACGUUAGUGAGGUGUUGGUCAUAUGAUACAAAUGUUAUCAUUUAAUGAAGACGAUAAUGCACCUUCUCUCUGGUUGACGAUUAAUACAUGUACGAGGUAAAUUCAAAGUGAAUUUUAAAUUAAAAGGUCAAAGUUUUUGAACUGGUAGCAUAGCUGACAUAUUUACCUUAAAUUUGAAAUUCAUUUUGAAUUCUCACUUUAAUAAAAAAAAACCCUGUUAAUAUAAAGUUACACUGGUGGAAAACGGGUUAUGAUUAUGUUUUAUGCUAAUCAGUGCUGAAAAAAUCAUAGUAAAAAUUAAUGAUACAUUAAAAAAUAUCAAUAAUGAUCAUCAUUACAUCUUAUUUUAUUUAUUUGUGCUUUACACAGUCCAACACCUGGACAGAGGAAAUUAUUUCUGUAUUGUGAUAUUUAGUGAAGAAUAUUAAUGAAUAAAAAUGUGCAUUUAAAAAAUCAGGUAUACAAAAAAAAAUGUCUUAAGUGUACAUUGCUGUAUAUAAAUUUAAUGUGUGCUCAGCCAACACGAUAAAACAGCUGGAAUUUGUGAAUAUAUUUGUGCAGUUAUAACAUUUACUAACAAGUUGUUAUUUAUUAUUAUUAUUAUUAUUAUUGUUGUUGUUGUUAUUUAUAUAACGCCAACCUAUUCUGCAGUGCUGUACAAUUAGAGAAAGCAGGGAUAAUUUGAUUAUGAAAUAACUACUAGGGCUAAUUGGAAAAAAAAAAAAGUAAUUAUUUGUUAACCUAUUUGAAGCGUUUGUAAAUAUUACUAGAGUUUGUCUCCUUUUUAUAACAAACACUUUGCAUUGCAUUCUCUAUGUAUGGCUUGCUAUAGUAAAACUAUCAGUCCCCUGUUAUAAGUAUGCGUUAAAUGCAAUCUGAUUUGAGUAAAUAGUUUAAAAGAAAGAAAUAAUUGAAACCAUGAAAUGAAGGUUCCAUCACCUUUUAAUAAGGGCCUGUCUAAUGGUAUGAACGCUAUUGAAUAGACCCCACAGUACGUCUGUAAAACUGGUAAUAGGGACACAGUGGAAUAGUGAUAACCGGUGGAAAUUAAGCUCCCCCUCCCAUCCGCAACAUUGACACAAAUUAAAAUUCUACCUAAAAAGUAGAAAAUUCCAUCUUGACUUUAAAAUUUAAAUUUAAUUUAUUCCUGAAGCAAUUAUUAUAAGCAUUUAUAUGUAUUGCCUAAUGCUUCACUAUUAUAGAAAGGAGAUAUUUAGAGAUGAAGCUUACAAUAAAUAUUAUUAAUAAUAUCUAUGUUAACUUUUGAUUAAAAAAAAAAACAACUCAUGAAAUUAUUAUUAACCCCUUACACUUCAUGUGUUGUGGAAACAUUAACUGCAUACCAUGUAAAAUAACAUGGUGCUACUUUAUGGAUUAAAAAUGUUUCUGCACAUUGUGUUAAUAACAUUUCCUGUAAAUGUAAAGAUUUAAUUACAUUUCAAUUCCUUAUCCCAGACUCUAAAUAUGUCCCACUGGUGGCUGCUAAGCAUUAUGGGAACAAGACUAAACAGAUAUUUAGGGUAUAGAGAGGCUGCUGACAGUUGCUGACAGUAAUCUUGGGACUGGGAACACAAAGCAGCCCUGGACAAACAUAUAUUUCAGCCCUAUAAUCUAUCGCGUAACAUAAUGUGUGUAUUAGUUUACAUACAAAGAAUGGAGUACAUUAUUUUUGCCUAGGUAAGGUGUUUAAAAAAAAUCCAAACCAAACUAUCACAUUCUGUGUGCUUUGCAAUUGCGGUUUAGUGAAUGCUCUGCAUCUAUCUUUCUCACUCUCUCUAAAAUAUGUAUCUAUACAUAUAUAUAAGUAUAUAUAUACACACAGAUAUAUAAGUAAGGGGCUGCAGACUUACCUGCAGCCCUUCGCUUCAGAUGAUCCAUGGGUGUAACUAUGGCCUACCGAGAAAAGUCUGGUCCUGCAGACACCUCUCUUUCUGUGACAGGUCCACUUUAUCUCUCCAGGCAAAGAAUUCCAUAUUUUAUUUUGUUUCCAGUGAAAAUAGUCUCUUGCACUGUCAUGUUUUUGUCAUGUUGUCAUUAAAUAACAGGUUACCAGAGAGCUAAAUAAUCACAGUUUACUUUAUUUGAGAGUAUUUAUUUGUGAGUAUUGCAUUAAUGUUUUUGAAAGGAUGAUGAGAGAAUAAUUGAAACAUCUGUGUAAGCAUAACUGGUGUAACAGUACAGGGGUCCCCUUCUUGGUCCCAUCAUAUACAUACAUGCACAAGGGAUGUUAGUGUGUAAGAUGUGCAACACAUGACUCCCAGACUAAUGUUAACCCACAUAGUUCUAAGUGUUCCAAUACAAAGGGCAAGGGUAGUAUAAAGUCUUCUAACGUUUUAGGGAGGAUCUGAAAUAGAUGAGAAAAUAGGAAUAUCUAGUGUAUGCCGGCAGGAUUCAGACUUUUUAACUCCCCCAGAGGUCCAAUAAGGUUUGAAAAUAUACCUUUGUGCACACAAACUUUAUUGUGAUUCUGCUAUCCUCUUUAAGCAGAGCUACUGAUAAAAUCUGGAUCCUUCAUCAUUGACAUUUCUGCAACCUUUAAUAUACAAUGCACCCAAGUCGUCCCAAGCAAACAUGCUUUUAAAAAUGUAUUUAAGGUGCAGUAGAGACCUGAUCUUAUUAGCAGAUUUAUAUAUAAGUCACCGUAUACUGAAACAUCUACUGUUGCUUUCUGUGUGUAUGUUUUGUUCAGUCUAUAGGUGUCUGUAUAUUUGUAGUUGGGAAGUUUGUUGUGCUAGGUUGGGGUCCUUUUGCUUAAGGGGUUAAUUAGCUAUUUUGACUGACUGCUCAGGGGGAUCCCAUAAGUUAUUUGUGGAAUGUCUAUAGUGGGUCAUACUCAGGCACCACACGCUGUGUUUCAGCUUCUGUCAUUCUUGGAACCAUGGGGCAAAUCAGCGUCUUGCUUGGGCCACGUUGACUCUCCAUUUUGGGUUUAAAGGUCACAAGUGUUUCCAACUUCCAGAGAGAUUUGUUGCAAACCAUUAUUAUAUAUGAAGCUCCUGACUGUGCUGCAUGCCUGCAUAGAAUUGCAGAGAGUUAGGAAAAGAAAUGGAUGUAGAACGUGACGAUCCUAACACUUUGCUAUAAGAUUUUAAUAGGACUUACACCAUGUUUUCAGUUACUAUUUUCCCCAACCAUGUUAAGUCUACCUCUGCUUCUCAUAUAAAACCCCAUUUGUUCCCCCAUUUUCCUUCCAACCUCUUUAUUUUACCAUUUGUAUAUUACCGUGAACUAAAGGGGGCUGCAGGCAUUUUCUGUUGAGCUGGGGGGCAUUGUUUUAGAAAAUUGGUAAACUCUGUUACUCCUCAGUGCUUCUUGCCCUGGGCACUCUAGCCAUUUCCCCGUGACCCUACACUCCCUGCUGAGGCCCUCAUAAUAACCCUCCCCCCCACCUUUUUUUAUUUAAAAAAAAACAAAAAAAAAACUCAAGUGACUAAUGUGGCUCUGUAGAAACUUUUCUCUUUGUGACAGCGUGACAAAUCCUAUUUAACUAACUAUCACUGUCUGGCUUGGAAUGUGCCAGAACACGCAAAUACCAAUAAAUCCACUUAUCAUUAUUCAUGAUAGGGCUAAGAUGAAAACAGUACAUUAGGUAUGGCAUAGUGGACACCACAAACUGGGUAGGAAUAAAGGAUGGUGGCUAGAUUUCAACUUUAAACUUUGGUGUUGCCUAUAAAUUAAAUCAAAAUAGCUGUCUGUGGUUUAGAAGGGGUGAACUCUCUUGUUGCUGUCGUAAUGAACACUCUCAUGGCUGUUUGAUAUUUAUUAAUGGUGAUUAGCCUUGUUGCCUGUGGCAGCAAAGAUCUUGCAAACUCUCUCCAAACAAACCCUUUGGCUGGCCUGGACUUGCUUGUGGACAUUUAUAUCCAGUUAUCGGACAUAUCUAGCCUUAUAUAUUCUUAGAUUAGACAGGAUUCCAAGCCAUGUUAUCCUUUCAGAGUUUUAAAACUCUGUCAUAUAUCAUUGGCUUGCAUGACAUUUCUCGAUAGCUGGCUUUGUAUCUUACAAUGGAUUGUGCUUCGACCAUAUUCUUAAAUUUGAUGACAUGCUUAUGAAGAAAUUAUAUAAUUAGAGGACUUACUUACAAAGGGUCACAAGAUACGAUAGUGUUUGUGCCCAGCAUUGUGGUUGAUGAUGGUUAAUGUGUUAAGUUUAUUGUUUUCAGUAGGAAGCAAAAGUAGAAGUGAUUACCAAAUCACCAAGUAAACGCUGGUCAACCACAAGAUUAAAACCACUUACAGGUGAAGUGAGUAACAACGAUUAUAUCGUUACAAUGGCACGUGGCGAAGGGUGGGAUAUAUAUCUAACGCCGGACGCGGCUAAGGUGCUGGUUCAUGCUGUUGUUCUCUCUCGCCUUGACUAUUGCAAUCCCCUUCUCACCGGUCUUACAUGUUCCCAGCUUGCACCGCUGCAAUCUAUAAUGAAUACGGCUGCGAGGCUUAUUUUCCUGUCCGGUCGCACCUCCCACGCCUCCACGCUCUGUCAGUCCCUGCAUUGGCUUCCAGUUAGAUAUAGGGCCCAAUUCAAAAUUCUGGCGCUUGCUUACAAAUCCCUACAUAAUGCUGCUCCAACAUACCUAUCCUCCCUCAUACACAAGUAUGUCCCGUCGAGACCCCUGCGCUCAGCCCAAGACCUACUCCUAUCCUCUGCCCGGAUCCCCACCUCUGAUGCUCGCCUUCAAGACUUCUCCAGGGCUGCACCUAUUCUGUGGAACUCCCUUCCCUCCUCAAUCAGACUUUCACCCAGCCUCCAUUCCUUCAAAAAAUCUUUGAAAACUCACUUCUUCAUUAAAGCGUAUCAAUUAAACUGUCAGCAGGUUUCUCAUCCCCCACCCCAUGACUCCGUUCCUUCACCUGUCAAAAAUGACCUACCAAGCACUCAAUAAACCCUUCUGUAACAAACUAUUUAAUUCCCCUACUUUAACCCUUUGUGUCACUAUACCCCACUCCCUCUAUCAUGUAAGCUCAUCGAGCAGGGCCCUCAACCCCCUCUGUUCCUGUACGUCAGUGGUCUGAUCUCAAUUAUGUGUCUGUUAGUCCACCCAUUGUACAGCGCUACGGAAUUUGUUGGCGCUAUAUAAAUAAUAAAAUAAUAAUAAUAAUAAUAAUUAGGCAGCAAAUGAACAAUCAGUUCUUUCAUUUCAUGUGUUGGAAGCAGGAAAAAUGGGCAAGAAAAAACAUCUGAGUGACUUUUACAAGGGCUGAACAGUGAUGGCUAGACAGGCAGAGCAUCUCCAAUAUGGCAAGUCUUGUGUGGUGUUUGUAGUGUGCAGUGGUUAGUACCUACAAAAAGUGGUAUAAGGAAGGACAACCAGUGAACCAGAGUCAGGGUCAUGGGCGCCCAGGGCUCAUUGAUGCACGUGGGGAGCUUGACUUUCUGAAAAACAUCAUGCUGGUCACACAGUGCAUCAUAGUUUUUUGUGCAUGGGGCUGCUUAACUGCAGACGGAUCAUAGUGCCCAUAAUGAUCUCUGUCCACCGCUGAAAGUGCAUUUAAUGGUUACAUGAGUACCAGAACCAGACGAUGGAGCAAUGGAAGAAGGUGGCCUGAUGAAUCACAUUUUAUUUGAAUUCUAGUACUGGUGCAUGUGUGUGUGUUAUUUACCUGGGGAAGAGAGGGCAGCAGGAUGCACUAUGGGAAGAAGGAAAGCCACCCUGCAGAGGCAGUAUUAUGCUCUGGAAAAUGUUCUGCUCCGAACCCAUUGGGUCCUGGCAUUCAUCUGGAUAUUAAUUUAACACAUACCACCUGCUUAGAGAUUGUUGGAGACCAUGUAAAUGGGAAUAUUGUUCCCUGAUGGCAGUGGCCUCUUUCAACAGGAUAAUGCCUACAAACUCCCCCGAUCUCAAUCCAAUUGAGCAUCUGUGGGAUAUGCCUGAAAAAAAAAAUCAGAUUCAUGAAGGCCACACCUCGAAACUUGCAGGAUCUGCUGCUAAGGUUUUAGUGUCAGAUACCACAGGACACGUUCAGAGGUUUUGUGAAGUCUAUACCUCGAUGCAUCAGAGAUGUUUUAGCAGAAGGACGGAGACCUACAUGAUUUUAGGCAGGUGGUUUUAAUGUGGUGGCUGAUCAGUCUAAAACUACUACAUGCCUACACUCUACAUGCUGAAACAUUUCUAUGAACAAUCCAAGGCUGCCAAUGAGAAAGGCGUUGGAAAGGAUCACUUUGAAAGUAAGUAAGUAAGUAAGUAAGGCCUCAUUGCCACUGAGCGAUAUGGGUCGUACGGUUCGGAAGGGUUAGAAUGGUCCAGCCUAUUCAGGUGAACGUUUUCACUGCAAGACGGACCGACAGGGGGCAUGCGGGAUUUAGACCAAAUGCCUAGCGUAUCAUUUGUUGUGAGCAUUGACGUUUUCCUGUCUGCCAAUCAAUGGAUUGUAUAGUGUGAUGUCAGUACCUCCACCCUAACCAUACCGUACCAUUUCCUAUGGACCUACAUCUGAAGUGGGCCCAGGAAUGGUGCAGUUUGGUCUCAUUGUAUGGGCCACUUUCAUAAUGGAAACACUCAAAAUAGCAUACCAGGCCGUACCGAUCCGAACCGUACCGCUCAGUGGAAACGGGGCAUAAGUAAGCCCUAGGAGCCUAUAGAGGAAGCUGUAUGGAGGCUGAGCCUUCACAAUAUGCCUUCUUAUAUGUUCUUCCAAAAAUUAAGUCAGAAGAAAAUAUCCACAAGUGUAUGAACACUGAAGACACUACAUUUUGUUCAUACAAAUUAUCUGCAUUGUAAUUUACAAAAUGAUCCAUGCAUUAUCUUGUCAAAAAUCAUUUAGAAAACUAUUCUGACUAUCUUUGUGGACCCUCAAUUUGAAGGACACAUUUAACACAUUUUCUCAAGAAAAGAGGGCAAGUUGGAUUAUUAUAUUAUGCUGACAAAAUCAAAACAAAUAUUAUUGGAGAAAUGCCCCCUGCCCUCCUUUAAUCUUUAUGACGAAUGGAUGACCAUACUAGAGACAGAAAUAUUCAUAGAAGCAUACAUCUAUUUUUUAUCAUAUAGAAUGACCCUUUGUCUCUUUGUUUGUUUUUUGUCUGCACUAAAAUUUCUCAUUUAUAAACGAUGUGUCUUGGUUCAAAUAUUAAGUGUUGACAGGUGUAAUAGCUGUUGAGUGUUCAUUUUUUUAGUGCAAUUUUAUGCAGAUUUCCAUUCUGACAUGUCUACCCCUCGGCGCAGUCUUAGUCUUCAGACUUGUGUAAGCUCUCCUGCCACCCUUUCUUCACCAUGUCACAUGUCAGUGGUAGGAACACACAGCACAGUGCCAAGCAAAAGGUGUUACUGGCAGAUGCCACAACAAUUUAAGUAUGAAGCAUGGGACACUGUGCCAACUUAACCUGGAGGGGAAUGCAUCAUUUUCUUGGCCAUUAAUCUUUAAAGCUGAGAUGCUAAUGUUUUCCUAUGGAGGUAAGGCUAAACGUUAUGAAGACGAAUUGCAAAAGAAAUCUAAAGGGAACACAUUGGAUUUGUGACCACUAAUGGCCUCCAUAAAUUGAGCUGAUGUUUAUAUACAAGAAGAUACAUUUAAUCCAAAGCGCAUUUUGCUUUUUAAUCGUCUCUAUGAAGGUAGAAAAGUAAUAAAAUAUUAAACGUCUCGUUCUGGAAAACGUUUUGUAAAGUUGUGUUAGUGAUUUAACUCUUAAACUGGCAGAAUGUUAGCAUUGGUAUUUUGCCACAUUUCUCUACCUAAACAGAGUAUACAUAUUUUUAUUUUCAUGGGUUUUGCAGUACUAAGUCUAGUCCAUACAAACUCACAUUCAUUUAUACUCUAGUUAUGAUUAGUCUGUAGAGGAACACAUUUCUCUGCCAAAUGCCACUAAUCAUGGAUAUAAUGCGAACACAUUUGCUGAAAAUGUAAACUCGCCACUCCUUCCAAACAAGGAAGUUUUACUGGGUCAUAUCAUUCCUACAGUCAGGGAGGGGAAAGGAGUGAAUGGAGUUUACCAUAUCACUGUCAGCAUUAUAUUAGCAGUCCAGAGAUUGACAAAGAUUGAUAAAGCGGUUUCAAAUAUCUCUAUUUUAGAGAUAUACACAUAUAUUAUUUUUUUUUUAAACUGUAUUUGUCUGCUGCACAAUGUUCAAAUGCCAACAUUCUUUUUACAUUCUGUUAUUGUUUUUAGUAAGCUCUACUGCUAGCAAUGCCUUCAGGGUCCUUACAAAUAUCUAUAAGCAAAGUACUUUUACUUUUUUUUCCAUCUACUUUGUCACAUCUAGUGCAUAUGAAAAAAAGUUGAAUUUUUGCCUUUGUACUAACAUUUCAGACUCUGUAUACUGCCUAAAGCCUUUUCUUUUCCAAAAUAUUUUUUAUAAAGCCUAAACGAAUAAGUGAGAAAAAAUAUUGUAUACAUUUACAUUAUCCAAUUUAAAAAUGUUGUUUGCAAAGCAAUAUAUACACAAUAUUGCUGUGGUAUGAUAUCUUUAUAUGCUAGCUAUGCACGCACUGCUCCAAAUACAUGUUAUGGUAAUAUAUAUAUAUAUUUUUUUCAAUUUGACAAAUUUUUUUUGUCUAAAAAAUCAAAUAUGCGGUACAGAAGAACAAAAAGGGGGGGGGGUAAAAAAUAAUGUAACAUAACAUAUGAUAAACAUACAUCUUCAUUAUACAGUGAAUUAUUCAAGUUAAAUUAUCACUAUUCUUUUCGUAUGCGGACUUGGAACCAAUGGAAUUGUCAACCCCCUAGUUGCUUAGGUUCAAGUAGGGAGAGGUCGUGUCACUGGACUACCUGGGAAUGGUAAUAUUUUUUAAAUAGCUAAGUGUUCGGCAAUGAAGAGGUGUAGGCACAUGACAGCUGGAAUACAGACUUCCAAAAUGUAAGUUAUGUAACUGUGAAAUCAUGGAAUGUUUUCCUUUAGUUUUGCUGUUUUGGCCUUAAAUUUUAAAUUCUUGUGUCUGUUCCCCUGUUGUCUAUUUUUAUUUUCUAUGAGAAAUGAUAGAAAAUGUUUAAAUCUGUUUGUUUUGUCACUUCAAGUGGUAUUUAUGCCUUGAUUAUUCUGCAAUGCAAUGCCUUGUGAGACAUACUUCAUAUUUUUUUUGUAAUCUGUGUUUUUAGUGAAUGCUUUAACAUGCAAAUCAGCAGUUUUGUACAGAAAAUCAUUUUGGUAGCGCAAAAUUCUCAUUAUUUUAUGUGAGCAAAAAGAAGGACUAUAAAAAUGUCUCUGUAGGGGUCAUGAAGAUCUCACAUACAACCACAAGAAGGAUCUUCUCCUCCUCCCUUUCCCCUCACCUUAUAUGCCACUGGUGGGGUUUAGCAACUAGACAGUUGAGCUGCUAGCUGGGGGUGAAUGGGAGAGUUAAUUUCUUAACCAAUCAGAAUGACCCUCAUUCAAAGUCUUCUAGCAAGCCCUAUAAAGCUAUUUUAUGCUGGUUCUUCUCUGAAGCCUAUAUUCUCCACUGGUACACAUUGAUACAUAGGUGCUCUGGUUUGGCAACUUAUGACAUAUGUUCCUGUGUUCAAUAUCCCACUAAUAUCCCUAUAAAUAGGGUUACCAGAUACACAAUGUUUUCAGGGACACAUAUCACGUAUACAUAUUGAUGGGCAGCACAUGAAAAGGGUUGCCCUGUAGUAUGUAGAUUAAGAAGAAGGUGUUUAAUAUUAAGUAAUUAGACAAGAAAGAAUCCUGCAGAAUUUGCAUUAUACAUACUGCAGGGCAUCCCUUUUCAUAAAUAAGACAAAAUUCUAUGCGUCCCUGUAAAAAUGGUGAAUCUGGUAACCCUACCUUAUAAAGGAAUGAUAGAAGAUUUGACUUUAAUUUUGAAGCCAGGCCUCAAACUAGCUGCAUCUAUUUGCGUAUUAUAUCACUCUAUAGACAUCACCACUGAGACACAAGAAGAGGCAGAAUCUGAAUAGGACUCUUACUCAACUUCUGCAUUUUUUUUUACCUUUUAGUUUCUAUGAAUAAUUAAUGCUCUCAUAUAAAAAUUACCCCAAAUCUUUCUUUUUAGUGUUUUAGGAGAUAUGGUGGUCUGCUUGAGAAGAAGAUUAACUGCUUCAUUUGAUGGGUUAUCAAUUUGGAGCUAAUAUUUGAGCUUUUAAGUAUGUGAGUCAAUUGAGAGAAUAGUGUGUAAUAUUCUCCAUACUCAAAAUACUACACUAUAUGUGUUACAUUUUGUUUAAUACCAGUGAAAUAUAUAUGGAACCAUUUGUGAACAAUUUCAUUUGAGUUCCUUUGGGAUAUAACCAAAAUAUAGGAAGCUGUCUAUAUAUUUACCUGGUGUGGGUUUUGUUCUGAUUUGUGUUUUCACACAUAUCCCUAUCACUGACUAUUGCUAUAAUUUUAUUUGUAAUUUAAUUUAUUUGUAUUUUUAACUUUUUACUAUCCUUAUUCAUUUGUUUAUUCACCUUAAAACAGAAUGCCUUUUUAAUAAAUUAUCAUGGGGUCAAUAAUCUGUGUAGACCAACAGAAAUGUCAGUCUCUCAGAAUGAGAGAGAACAAUACGUAAUUACCUUAUUUAAAUUGACCAGAAGUCAACCCAACUUCAUGUGCCACUUGGAAGCCACAAGUUGUUGCAUAAUAACAAAUUACUCUACCACCGUUAACUUUCUUGGGAAGUAGAUCCAUGGAGUAGAGCCAGCAGUGUAUUUACCGCGAGGUUGGCUAGGCAUUUGCCUUGGGUGGCACUUUCUGGGGGCCGGCAAGAAAAGCUGCCCCCCUAUUGCCCUGGCAAAUUCUUUGUCAGCAUCUUGUCCUGUGGGGCCCAGGAGCCACAAGUUGUUGCAUUAUAACAAAUUACUCUACCACCGUUAACUUUCUUGGGAAGUAGAUCCAUGGAGUAGAGCCAGCAGUGUAUUUACCGCGAGGUUGGCUAGGCAUUUGCCUCGGGUGGCACUUUCUGGGGGCCGGCAAGAAAAGCUGCCCCCCUAUUGCCCUGGCAAAUUCUUUGUCAGCAUCUUGUCCUGUGGGGCCCAGGAGCUGGCCAUCUCAGGCCCCCCCGCAGUGAUGCUGGAGCUGGAAUUUGACGUCACUCCGGCCCCGGCAUCACUAAGAGGUGCACAAGAGAACGGAGCAGGAAGAUCAGAGCUCCCUCACCGCCCGCCACCACCGCUCACCUGUCUGCCAGAUCUCCUGACCGCCCGCCUGCCCACCAAGCUGCAGCCAGCCCCACUGGACCACAGGGAAAUGCCUAGGGCAGCACAAAACCAGAAUACACCACUGAGUAGAGCUACAGGGACCUUCCAAGAGCUUUUUGCAGCCUCUAUCUCUUCCAUUUUCAAAAGUUAUGCUGGUGAUUGUAUUAUGUUUAUAAUUAUGGAGUUGGAGACAUUUUGAUUUGGUUAUUUUUUACCUAAACCUUAAAAUCGUCUCCUCAUCAAUUCCACACAUUUUUCCGUUUGUUAAAUGACCCUGCCAGUUAUGUCUUGUGAAAUUGGAAAGACGAAUGAUAAAAUAACACCUGAGCUCAGUCUGCCCCAUUGGGCAAUCUGACAGCCCCCUACGGGUGUACUUGGCAUGAAACAAAAUAAUAUGACAAUUAUCAGCUAGCCUAUAUUAAAAUAACAGUCUCCUGCCCUGGAUCUAUUAGAAAAUGAAACCUAACAGACCUUGCCACAUACAGUUUGUAGAGACAUUUGUAUACAUAUUGCAAAUUAUGUUUGUCGUUUUGGACAAAAUGCUCCUUGUGUGAUCUCUUAUUUUAGUAAAAGAAAACCGGUUUAAUGCAUAAAACUUCAGUGACUAAAGCAAACAGGGUUAUUUACUUGGAAUUGCUGCACAUUUAAUGGUAAAAUAGUUUGAAAAAGAAAUGAGAUGGAAUUUUUUUUAGAUUGUUGCAUUGUUUUCAAUUCUCUGGUUAAUUCCUGAUUUAUUGAAUACCGCGACCGUACUUCAAAAAAUUACUAGGUCCAUUUUAUGAUUUACUCAACCAUUUCAAAUUAUUUUUGUAGGGUUAUAUUCCCAGUUGAGUUAUAUUUCUUUACCAUUCCUGGGCCUAUGAGUUCCAAACUGUUCAGGUUAAGUUCUUGGUUCACUCUGGCACAUUUGUGUGAUAUCUGUCACCUGGACACUCCAGAGAUGAUGUGAUCAUUGAGUCAGUUCACAAUUAGUUGCAGAAGUGUGGAGCUGUUUGCCUGCCUCUCCCCACAUAUAGUUUGCUGUGUUCUUGCAGCUACCAGCAGUUUGCUGUAAGACAUGGCAAAGCUGUGAUAUUUGUCUUGCACAAUGAAUGUAACAUCUCUGAGAAUGUUCAAAUAUUCUCAAUAUAGACCCAGGGCUACGUUUAUAUGACACAGGGUUGCAUGCUCUUGUGAAACCCAUGUUCAUGAAUAUCUUAUAAAGUAUAUAUUCAAAAUACUAGACUGUGGAAGUUUUCAACAUUUUUCAACUGUAUCCCAAAAGCUUGCAGUCACCUAGGGUCAUACCUAUUUCUUCACUUAACCCUUUCUACUGCGCACUAUGCCACUCCCAAUGGAGAAGUAUGAAAUCAGGACAGGAGUAGGAUUAUAAGGAUAGGGAUACGGUGCAGACUUGUCAAGUCACACGGCCCUGCAAUAUGACAAUAUGCCAUAUGCGUGCCACCAUGACAUGCCCCUUUUUUAAAUGGGGACAUUAUCCACCAACCAUAUAGCAGACCUGUCAAAGUUGGUGGGUCUGAGAUUUGGGUGUAACCCACUCUCUCCGUGGUGACCUAUUACUGCUAGACAAGAGGUUGAAGGCAAAUACUGCUACCCAUGUGCAGAUCACUCCACUUUUUUUUUAAUUGAUAAAGUUAUACUUAACAAAACGCCUAGGCUGCUGAUAUUAUUCAUAAUUCACUUCUGUGUGGCUUUUUGUUUUCUAUUGUUGUAUUUUACACCUCCAAGAAUAAACACAAAAUUGUCCGAUUCAGGACAUUUGAGAAGUAUGUAAUUCGUUUCUCAGUUUUCCACAGUUUCAUGUCUUGUGACCAACCAACAUUGUCUGUGGGGUUUUGUUUUACAGGGUAUUGUUGCCUGAACCGUAAAUUACUAGAAUUUCACACAAAUAUUUACAUAAUUAACAAAAUAUGUGUAAACUAUUUUUGGUAUCUUUGAAGAGGGCUAAGGACAUCACAUUGAUAUCAACGUGGUGUGUUAAAUGUUAGCUAGCCCAGAUGUCUUCUCUUACAAAGAAACUUUUCAUGUGAAAGAAACACGCACAAACGCACUGACUGCUUGGAAAGCAUCUCAAGACUUAGUAUAACCCAGGGACUGGCGAGAUCAAACAAACAGGACAUUGUUAUUGGCUUAACAUGACAGCACCAUGGCAUUCUCUACACCUGUGCACAGAGACGAAAUCCUUGAAAACAUUCUCAGAAAACAUGUUUGAGAAUGAAGGAACACGCACUCAUGCGACUGUGUCGGUCAAAAUAAGGUUACAUGAUCUUGUGCUGUGAUAAUUAGAUGCAAUGUUUUAUAGUAUGCAUUGAUACAUUAAUAACACUCCAUUUUGGAUAUGAAGACAUUCUUUUGUGGACUUGGAACCAAACAUAAAAAUGCAUCUUUGAUAUUUAAAUGACAAGGGAUCAAAGUCAAGAAGCAAGUAGUGUUAGUAAGUAUAAAAAUAUGGGAGAAUACAAGUCAUUAAGAGAUUAAGAAAGAAAAUGGGAAAGUUAAACUCGUCUACCAUUAAUGGCUAAGAUGGCACCCCAGAAUGUAGUGAAGUACCUUCUUAAGGAUGCUCUGCUACUCUCAGUAUUAAAUAUUUUCUGAACAUCAUAGGAAAUGUUGAUCACACAGGUCUGACAACUCUAAAGGCUGACGAUUAGUCAUCAUUGAUAAGCACUGAUUGUAAUCAUUUCUCAGAUCCAAAAUAUAUGCCAAAAUACAAAAUUCUAUGCACGGCACAGAGUCUAAGCUCUCAGCUGCUGGUUAGAGCAGCUCCAUAUUAACACUGGGAGGAAAUCAUAUCAAUGAUAUCACGUCCUCCAGAGCUGCCACUGUAGAGGAAGAUGUACAGGCUCCCAUCUGACAGAGAUCUCACUGACAAAACUGGGCAUAGCAGUCCAGACCUCAAAGUGCUACAAGGCCCCAUGUGGGCCCCUGAGCUGGGCCCCUUAACAGAGUACUGCUUGUUGCUACCCCCCUGACACCACCCUGAUAUUCGUCCUGUUGGUAGCAAUUCACCAGGAACUUGCCAAUUUUAGGCAAAAAUGGUAACCUGGAAAAAUUCGUCAACACAAGUAUUUUUCCAGUUUAGUUGUUCUUGUCUAAAAUUUGCAAUGCCCUUGUUUAUUGAGAAAAAAAUGGAUUUAGUGAAUAACACUGAAGAUGUAUCCUUCCUAUUAAAGUAAUGUAUUGUUUAGCAUUAUAGAGAAAAUAGUGUGAAAAAAUAACAUUAUUGCAUGCAAUAAUCUUCAGUUUAUACAAAUUCAUACUAAUUUUAGCUACCUUGGAUGAAUAAUGGGUUAAACUUUGUAAUGGGCAUCUUAAAGAUGCAGACUGAAGUCUACAACAAAUAACUAGAAAGGCUUCAGGGACCUGACAGAUGUUUCCCAAGAUCCACCAUCCAGCUGUGCAGAAUCUACACUCAGACCUGGAUAGUUCCAGAAUGUAGUCAUUCUGCAUUAACUCUUGGAUGGUUGAACGAUUCUGGUAGCCACGGAGAUAUCUUAUCUUUCAUUCAAUAUAACAGCCUGAGGGUUACCAGCAUACUUGAGUGACAUCUCUAACCACUUCAUAUUAGUCAGCUCCCCCAGACAUGUAAAAGUCCCGAACGCUUGAUUAAACUGCAGAUGAGACGUUCGGUUUCUUCAAAUUGUAUUUCAUACAGAGCUGGGCUCUUUUAUAAAUAAAUAAAAACCGCAAUAUGAAUAAUAUCUGUCUUCUACGUGUAUAUGUCACUACAUGCUUCUUAGUCAGUGGAACUACUUGUUCAUGGUAGAAAUUCUUUUCUGGUUUCUGAGGUCCUGAGCUUAGCUUUCUCGACCAAUGAGUUGUGUCAUGCCCAAACUAACCCUUCACUAGUUUGUAUUAUGAUGCCUUCUGGCUUCAUGACGCUUGGCUAGGCUUUGUUUUUUCUCUCCCUUUUUUUUUGCACCUGUAGAUAGAGGUGUUCAUGUUAUGUUCAGCUAUCUUAAGUACUGGUACAGUAAUAUAUUACUUUACAGUGCUUCACAUUACAGCUCCUCACUUAUUAAGUGCUUUUCAAUUAUAUUUUUAGAUAAUUCAUUUAUUAUUAAUAAUUUUAAGGUUAUCAAUGUAUAUACGGUAGUAGGAUUUCUCUCUUUAUUAUUUUUACUUUUCAAUUUUUUCGAAUCAAGAACUUAAAGUAAACCUUUUGUGAAAACAAAGUGACUUAUCUAAGAUCGCUCUCAUAUAAAUUGAACACACCACAUUUCACACAGUUACAUGAUGAAUUCAAUGUAAAAUAUUGAGAUCUACUCACCUUACCUCUGAUCCAACGUCGCCAUCUUCAAGCUUCGAGGGUUUUACUUUUCAUGUAACACCCACCUUCGAGUUGUCCUUCGCUCUGCCUGCAGUCUUCUUUGACGUGACCUGCUUGGGGACGUAUCCACCUCAUCCACUGUAUCAAACCUCCUCAGUGAUGUCAGCACACUGGCUUUGUUGUCACCGUGCUAGCAUCGGAACAGAGUGACGUCACAUCACUCAGUUUCUAUACUCCCUAGCAGGUGCUAGAAUGUGUUGUGAUUGCUAUGCUUAUGAAAGCAAAAGGAUCUCCUGUGGAAGAUCUUUCUGCUCUCCCCUGUCGGUCAAUGACUCCCCUUUAAUAUAAAUAUAAUGAAUGAUAGUGUAAACCUAUUUUGAGGUUUUUAAAAGCUUUAGCAACUUUAAAAAAAAAAAUCAUGUGACUCUCAAACUAUGCCUGUAAUACACAGCUUAAAAUUUAAUGCUGCUUUCAGUUCACUAUCUUACUUGUAUAUAAGCCAAUUUCUGUAUUCUAGAAUCUGAAAAUGCAAUUGCUGAUUAACUAGGGAUAUUAACUAAAUUCAUUUGUUUCAUAAGUAUAGUAAGAGUUACUAUACAAUGAAAAGGCAUUGCAAUAACUUAACUACUAUAACUACUAAAAUUGCGAUAGAAUAGCGUAUUCUCAAAUGCCAGGGAUAGUGUAUCCCUAAAAGGGAGAGUGGUGUUAAAAUAAAUAAAUUGUAUUAUUAUAUUGUAAUCAUAUUAUAGAAAUAGUUUAGGGCAGUACACAGCAUGCAAUAAAACGCAGUCUGAAACUUUAGUAUGAGACUCAAACUACAGAGUAUGUAUUGGCAUUUCUGCUACGAGUGUCAUGUGUCUAAAAAUAAAAAGAAGAUGAAAGUAAUAUAAAAAAAAAAUAGAAUAUCUGAAUGCUACAGCAUGUGUUAAAAAUACAUCAUUUAUUUAUAUAGUUCAGGAUUUGCCAGCAGGCUAAGCUCCAUCUGAGCUUGUACUACAACUCACAUAACUCUCAGACAGAUUUUAAAUUGUCUGAUCUAUAAUUAAUCCCAUAAAGUAUUUGCUUAAAGACACAUUUGGAUAUUUAAUUUUUCAUAAAUGUUCUCUUCUGUCUUUUGAUAGAUGAAUAUUGCUCUAUCGAUAAAACUAAAUAUUUGUUCAGUUCAAAAACACAUAAAUGUCCAACAACAAUAAAAUAACUUCUAGGAUUUGUGGCCUCCAAGAUGGAUCUUGACUAAAUCUUUAUCUGAAAAUUAUAGUUUUUUUAUUUUUAUUUUAUGCAGAAGCACCCCUUGUUGGUUACCCCCAAUAAAUAGUGCUUGGCUAACCAACAAUUUAGGAAAUUGCUGGCUAGCCAAUUAAUGUGGUAGUGGUGCCAGUUUACUCCUGAGUGGUCUGUGGUUGGCGAAUGAUCAUAUAAGUUGUAGUACAACCAUCACAAGAGAGCCAUGUGUUUUACAACUGAAGAUUAUCUUGCUAAAUCAACAGAGCUGUAUUUAUGUAAAAUAAGAUUUUUCAAAUUCUGAAAGACUAGUCAAAAUCUGAAAAUUAUAGUUGUUUUAACAGCUGAAAUGCUGACUACCCAUGAUAUAGUUCAAGUUAUGCACCCCUAGAUGUAUUUGCUUCCAGGGCCACCUAUAGCAUUAAAAGGCCCUUAGCAACAUAUAUGUAUACCCCCCUCUAUAUCGUAGGCAUACCUUGAUGCCUGACUGUCUGGUGGCUGCCUUUGAGUUUUGUUAACUGAUGUGGUCCUUUAGUUUUGUUUUUCAUUUGUGUUACCCAAAUUGCCCUUGAAAUUUUAUUCAGACAUGCUUUGUGCAAGAGCAUAGAGGUGUUUGUCUUGUGUACUGGGGGGCCCAACAGGAGAUUCUCCCACGGCGGCUUCUGGACCUCUGAAGGUAACAUUUUGGGCAUAAUAUUUUAUUGUAUUGCUGCUCCUGAAAAGUUAUUACAUGUUUUACUAGGCCCAUAAAAAUAUUAUACACAAAAUAUAGGUUGCACCAAUAUAAAGAUCUAUGAGUCCACGGUUGCUGGAGUCUGAUCUCAACUGGUCAUCCAGACUUCAAAUGGUGGGAGCAUAUGUAUUAAAACCAGAAAAUAACUGGUGCUGGUGCAGAGCAUAUGGAACUAGGUGGAGGACAUACAACAAUAAUGAAUAAGGUAUAUCACUCACAUUUGAGAGAUCUAUAAGACCAGCUCUGAGUUUGCUGCAACAGCAUGCAGUAAUACAAUCUCCACUGAUGCAUAUGUAGAUCUGGGGCCUGAUCUUUCAAUGUAUGGAUUGAUAUAUAAAAGAUAAAAACAGCAAACAAAAGUGCUCACUGCAAUCAUUAUAGUAAUGGUUGUAAAAGUAAGAAUAUUUUACUUACAUAUAAUGGAGCAGUAGAUUCUGCUCAGAUGAUAACGCUUGGACCCAGCAGGGAUAUAAUGUUGGGUAGAUCCCUCAAGAAGUAGGAUUCAAAGUAUCUUUAUUAGGUAAGUAUUUUAGUGCCAGAAACAAAAGAAGAUAAAAUAAUAAGAGCAACUAAAAGCAAAAAAGGGUAAUAAAUGGACAAACACAAAUAAUAGUGAAUGCCAAAUAUACAGUAAUGCUUUAAAAAACAAAAAAAAAGAUUAAAACACAACGCAUUUCACAAACUGGGGGACAUUUUUCAAGUGUAGAUAAAAACAUGGAGUCCAGGCUGAGGCCUCAAUCGCCCCUGCCUCAAGCCAUGUCUUAGUUGUUCCUUUUACAGAAAAGACGGGAUAAUUCUGUAUUACCCAUCUUCUUAUGACGACUUCAAAGCACGUCCUGAUAUAUAUCUCCUUAUUAUACACAAAGUGCUGCUCGCAUAUAUGGAAAACCAAUGUGUUUGACUUGGUUACAUUGCAGAUUUUAAACAUACUGUGCGUGACAGAUCAAUGGUUAUACAGCUACAGGAGGUAAAUGCGUGAGAAACUGGGAGUAAAAAUAAAAUUUUGACUUAAUCAUCAAUCAAUUUAAACAUUAGCAAAACAUUUAAGUUCCUGGCUAUUCGCACUCAGACCAUUGGAAGCCAUUGUUUGUGUUUAAAUAAUACUACAUAUUGAUCUAAUAUACAUCAACAUACAAUGAUACUUAAAAACAACAAAGAACAAGAGAGCAUGAGUUCAAUGUUCAGUGUUCAUGUAAGUACUAUAUCAGAGUCACUGCUGCCUGUACAAGGCUUUUGGUCUGUGCAGAACUAAUCAUAAGCGACCUUAGCUGGCCACCUAUGGCCCAACUCUCACACAGACCUGGAGUACUCAGUAUAAGGAUAUGUAAUAUGAAUGCUUUGGGAGUUGAGAGGUGUGACUUCAUAUUUCCCUACGACCUCUAUAAAUAUGACCUGUCCAACAUGACUGAGCAUUCAUUCUGCACGCAAACAGACAAGAACACAGUUUUCAAUGAUUCCAUUACCACCAAUGAAACGAAACUAUGAAAUAUCUCUGUGGGACAGUCCAGGCCUGGAGAACAUACUGAUUGUAGCCAAGGCACACACCUACACGAUGUUGGACUAGUAUUGGCUGCUGCAUCACUCCUGCAGUACUGUGGAAAUUGACGUCCUGAUGUGCUCCUUGCUAUUAUUAUCCACAGAAGAAUGGUAAGUAAUGGUGACCACAUCUCCAUUGCCAGUCCUCCCUCGCUAGUGGCCUUGGCACGAUUGCCCCCUUGCCCUCUUGAUAGCCUCCUUAUGACUUUUACUGAAAUUUGUCGUGUGUUGUUGUUUGUGAUGAUCAUAGACACCCUCACUAAUGGGUUGGCCAUGCAAUGACAGGCCAAGGAUUUACUGCAACAAUCAAAUAAACAACCAACCAAACGGCAAACGGCUGAGAGUUAUGUUGCAAAAAUAAACAAUAGUACCGUGUUUUUCCAUGUAUAAGACUAUGCCUUUUUCAAAACAUUUUUAGUCUAAUAUUGGGGGGUUAUCUUAUACGUGGAAUGUCACUGCAGGGGUUAAAAAAAAACACUUGUGCGCAGGGCCCAAGUUAAGAUGGCGCCUGCCGCAUUUCAGUGUGCCACGCUCUCACGCAUAACUGGCCUUCCACCCUUCGAUCCACUUCUGUAUGCUGUUGCAAGGAGGAAGGGGUCCCUAUAGGCGUGGGAGCUGCAGCAGACAUCGGCACUUACCACCAACACAGCUCCAGAGACAUGCCACACUAUAAAAGGAGCAACCCUAUUAAGGUUUGCUCCACCUCAGGGAAGUCUUGCUUUCUAAUUUAUAUUUAUGGGGGAGGAAAUGGGGAUCAGGGAGCAAAAGGAAUACUACUGUGAUGUCCCAGCAUGCCCUCACACCGCCUGCUGUAUUGUGGGAGUUGUAGUCUCCCAGCAUGCACUAUGGCACCAUUAACUUUACAGAGUACCGUAGCACAGGGGAGGCAUGAGAAUCAGAAGUGUGUUUUCCUCAGAAGUCACUUCUAAAAUAUCAAAGUUGUUCUCUGUCAUAAAAUAAAGUUGUUCUAUGUAAUGUUUAAAAUAUUGUUUUCUUCAUUUUUGCCUCAAAGAAUAGGUGUCGUCUUAUACAUGCGGGCAUCUUAUACACAGAAAGAAACGAUAUAUGUUACAAAACAAAAAGCUUGAAGUUGUGUUCACACAUUUGAUCUAUAUUUUGUGACAUGGAUAAACUGACUAACGCUAAAUAGCAUAGUGUACACACAAACACACUCCACCAUUAGAAACCACUAUGCUUGCUUUUUGCAUAAUCCAUUGCUAGAGAUGCUAAAUCAGGCUAAAUGUUAUAAAUAUUAUAUGAUACUUUACAUGUGUAAACUUUUUUACUCCGUAAGCUUCCCUCCAGCUCUUCAUACAUCUUCAAUACAUUUUGGCAACUGUUUUCUAUUAGAUAGAGAUAGAUAGAUGCCAUUUUCUUCUGUACCUUUAGGGUAAAAUUGCACAAUCCCAGUUAUAGUUUUAAGUGCAAACUGGUAGCUUCUAUCUCAUACCUGUGAAUAUGUUCUGAGUCCAAACUGGAAACUGUCUGUGAGUUUUGACACCACAGAAACACAUUUAGCAAAGUGCUUCUACAAUUUGUUGGAUAAAUUCAGCAUAGGGCCAGAAAUACAAAAUCAACAUUGAGGCACAGCCUAAAUGCCUAGAACUCUGUCACACUGCAAAGAGAUAGAGGUUAACCCUUUCAGUACAGUUGUGAAAUGAAAAUCCACAGCAAGGCUUAAGUCAAUCAGAGAUUCUCUGGCCAAACUAUUGGUCCAGGGGACAGCUGUGGCAACCAGACAGUCCCAAACUUACAAAAAAUGCAAAAAAAGGUGCGCUAAUAUAAAUAAUAAAAGGUGCAACAGUAAAAAAAAAAAGUGGCUACCACUAUGCAUGGAUGCUUCUUAAACACCACACCCCAAACGAAAGUGUCCCAGACUUCUCUAGAACAAAAAACCCCUAUGAGCUCUGUUCUCUAUGCUUAACAAUCUUCUUCUUCUUUUCCUAGCAAUAUAUUAUUACUAUUUGGAACGUGACAGCAUAUUAGGUAAAGCUGUAUAUGUAUAAAGAGACACAAAAUGUGUCCCUAACUAAAUUACAAAAAAAGACAAAUUUUAAUAAAAAAACAAAAAACAGCAAACAUUUAAAAAAAAUAAAAAUGCAUGGCUUUGGUUGAAUCUACAAGCUCAGCCACUCACUGCAUCAAUUUUAUAGCUUCCAUUAAUAUUUUAAGAAUAUAUUGCCACAGCUUUCUGUUGAGAGACCUAAACAACGGAUACUUCUUUACUGGGAAGUAUGUCUGGACUAAAUUUAGAGACCUUUUUGUGUGAAUGUGUUAGUCCCUCCUUGUUAAUACGCUAUUACUGGCACUUUACAUAACCCGAACAUCUUAACAAUAUUCAGACUGGUACACAAGGGAACUUUAAGAAGUUAGAUGUAUAAGCAGUUCCGUAAUCUGUUAUUCCCAGAGCUGCCCUUUGAUCUUCUGCAGGAAAGGGUUUACAUUAAAAUGGCCAUUAUUUAUUCAUCAUCCAAGUCAGGUGGAUAGAAGGUUUUUGAUGCACCCAUGCUGAAUAAAGUUAAAUGUUGUUACAAAUCACUACUAUAAAGCAAUGUGUUCUCUUUUUUUUUUUUUUUUUUAAUUGAGUCCAAUGACCCAAAUAAUAAUAAAACUAUCCAACUGGAAAUCAUAUACUGUUCUAAUGUUACUAUUUCAGUUGCAAGCAGAACAUGCUCUGCAGAUUUUGUCUGAUGCAACAAGUUUCUAUGAUAUACAAAAUUAAGCCCUGAGCUCAAACUCCCGCAGCUACUGGGCAGCAGCAAUGACAAUAGUACACAUCCACCCCAAUACAUACAAUACAAUCCUCCAGUUAUUUAAAUGUGCAUUGGGAUUUGGCAUAGUGCGCAUGUUUCUAUGAUAGUUUAGAUCACGGGUCCUUGCAUCUACAUCCACAUCCAAGAUGUGGGGUAGUUGUGAGUCAACUUCUGUGUUGCACAAGAAGGGGCUACCAAAUGAUGUCUGGUUUUCAUAGAGUUGUAGCCUCUUCUUCCAUAGGUAUUCACUAAACUCUGAAAUUACCCACAUUUCCCCUGGUAGUGCAAUUUGGAUAUUUAUUUAACAUAAUUCAGUGCUUAAUUUGGGAAUCUGCAUCUGGUUUGGAUAAGGUAGGUGUCUACAAAUGUAUUAGUGAAAAGUAUGGCAUUCAGAUAUUUACAAGCUAUAUUGUAAUAUUUACAAGCUAUAGCUGAAGGCAGAUUUUUUGGAGUUCUAGCCUCUUACCUUUCUUUCUGAAUAUUUGCUUAGAGGUUUGUCACAGUUCACACCUGCCAAGCAGACUGCCAGGCAUGAACAUCACCGGGUCUUCUUCAUCCCAGUCAGUGAUCUUACCUUAUUGCCACUUCUCUUGUUCAUUCGCAUUUUUUUCUCAUGCUAUGGUAUCUGCAUAAACCUGGACUACUAUCACACCUGCACAUGGUUCCUGACUAAGUAUCUUAUUAGAUACCUUUAUAAGCCCUGCCUUGCCACUUCCUUCUUGUCAGAUCAUUUUGUGUCCUGUCUGGGAAACUGUUUAGUUCAUCUGACUCCUGCUUUGACCUUCAGAACUGUUUACCGUUUUUGCCUGAUUUUAACAUGUUUAGUAGAUUGUUUUUUUUUUACAUUUACGUCAUGGCUUGGCCAUGAUACUGCCAAAAAAGAAGAAAGAGGUGCUUGAAAAAAUAAAUAAAAUAAAAACAAAUUCAAGAUUUCCAUCUUCUCACUCAGGCAAUUACAGUUAUAUUCAAUAAUAUUUUAUUUAAUAAUAAUAAUAAUAAUAGUAUUUGUAAAGUGCCAACAAAUUCCACAGCACUGUACAAUAGGUUGAUUAAGUAUUUGAAAAAAGGCGAGUUGGACGCCCAGGAACAGAUGGUGUUGAGGGCCAUGCUUUAAAGAGCUGACAUUCUAGACUGAGUGGGGUAAAGUGACACAAGCGUUAUGUUUUCCUAAAGAAGUGAGUUUUUAAGGGUCUUUUUAGUGUCUAACAGAGCAGGAAAGUAAGUUCCAUAGGAAUCGUGCAGCCCUAGAGAAGUCUUGAAGGUGGGCGUCAAAGAUGUGAGUAGUGACAUUAAAUAGAUAGAUCUUUGGCAGAGCGAAGAGCUCAAGAAAGCUUUUGAUCAAUUCCUGAUAUUCCCUGGUUUAAUUCAUUUCUCUGUAUGUAUGUCUGUGUCUGUACCAUUUCUUCCCAGCUAGUACUCAAAGAACACCAACACUCUAGGAUCUAGACAUUUUCUAGUUCAUUCCGGUGGAAAUAUAAUGCUCCGUUUUUUUUAAUUCUUGUUUUCACAUUUCCAGUUUUCAAAACUCUUUUUAUAAUCAUCACUGGGGAACUGUAGAAAUAUCCCAGUGGGGACAGAAAUGCUGUUCCUUUAUGUUGGGAUUAUUGACUGGAUAGAGCCACGUUGAAUUCAAUUUGUAUUUUUGGAUCUUUCAAUCCCUGCAAAAGACACAAUUUAAUUACAACUAAUACAGCUACCAAAGGUCAUUGUAUUGAAUCAUACUGUGCUUAAGCUAAAUUACAGUAGAGGAGACUGAAAAGUUAUGCAGAACAUAAACCAUAGCUACAGAGGCAAAACAAAACUAAACAAAAUAAAAAAGUGACAUUACUUUUUAUGUUUUUAUUUUACUAUUUUAGUACAUAUUGAUUCAAAGCAACUGGUGUGGCUACAUUACAUUUUUAUUUAGUAAAUUGUGAAAUGGAGUAAAUACAGGACCAAAUUGCUGGCUUUGGAGAAAAGAUUAUAAAAUAAUGAAUAACAAUUCAAACUGUAUUGAAUUAAAAAUAUAAGGAAGGACAGUGAGCAUAAGCAGUCAUGGUGCUUGGAGUGUCCCUUUAUUCUACCUUAAACACACCCUAUCACGCUAUUAAUGUCAGUAAAAGAUUUUAAAAAAUAAUAUUACUUACGUAUCCAACAAAUUGAACCAAUGUAACUGUGCUAAUGCUUGGCCAAUUCAAAUAGUAAUCUGUUAAAAAAAAAAAAAAAAAACACAAAUGCCACCAAAAUAUUCUAAACAAAAAAUACAAAUGAGACUGGUUGGGCUGUCCCAGUGAAAUCACAUAAAGCUAUUUGGACAUUAUUUUGUCAAUUCAAUUGUUCUUUGACCUGGGUAGUAGUUUUUGCAGAAAUAAAUUCACUGUAUUACGGUGGCCAGAGGCAGUACAACAUCUUAAAGGGGAUCUGAACACAGAGUUUACAAUGUUGUUUUUAAAAAGUCAUUCUAUAUUUAUGCUUUUUUACUUUUUUUACUUUGCCCGGUUUACAUACCGGGCAAGCCACCGGGCCCCCUCCUGGUGUCAGGUCCUUGGUCAAUGACCAAGGACCUGAGACAGACUGUCCACAGGCGGUUUAGGCGGCCGCAAGGCCCCAGCCAGCGCGAGGCCUUAGGCGGCCGCCUAGGCUGCCUAAUUAGAGAGCCGCAUCUGUACCUAGUAGACCCAUGUACAGGGAAGAAAGAAGCAGCACAAGGUUAUGCAAGAAGAAGACACAAACAAGUUCCACAGCAAUGGAAGAGUGAGGCUCUAUUGUGACAAAGUAAAUUUCACAAAGCUCUGCAAGACAUAUGGAUCUAGAAAAUCCUAUGCAGAGAAAAAAAGAAGUAGUAAAUAGCUAUGCAGAAGGAUAGAACAUGGACCUGUGUUGGGGGGAGCAGUGCACUCUCUUUGGGGGGGUAGGACCAACAUGACUUCUCCAUUCCAUCUAUAUGACAUCAACAAAGUCUUUCCAUGUCAUAUGUUGCAUCAAAUUGCUGGUUUUAUUGGACAUUUCCUCCCAGCUUAUGGUCUAAAAUAUGUUUGUUAUUGUCUAAUGCUACCAAACCAACAACUCUAAUUAUUGAUCUGCAUUAUUAUUUACAGUGCCAGGAGUCUUACAGUUUUGUGACAAAUCUCACUGGGAAACUGAAAUUGUAUUUAACUUUCCAGCCAGGGGCCAUAAUUGGUACAAUAAACAUGAGCUAUAAAACAUAAUUGAGGGGAAAAGGUUUAUUUACAAAGCAGGAAAUUAAUGCAGCCAUAAAAAAUGAGCAGGAUCUCCAUAUGAUGAUUCUUUUAAUUACAAAGCAAAUAUUGAAACAGACAGGGGUAAUAAAAAUCAGGGCUAAAAUGUUAAUAAGCUUCAGUGCACGCUUGAGCGGCUGCGUUAUACAAUGUGCAGAAUGUUCUUCUGGCAUUUGUCUCUAAUAAACCGUAUUACUGUCAGAGGGGCUUACGAUUCAGUGGUUACUAAGCAUCUUUUGGUAAAAAAAAGAGGUUAUCAGUAAAAAUUUCUGCCUUGAAAAAGGGUUUCAUUUAGUGAAAGAAUGUACUAAAGUUAUUUAAGUUAUUUUUUGUUUAACCUUAGUGUGUUCUUUAAGUUGUUUAAAUUCAGCCCACAACCCUCAUUAAAAUAAAAAAAUAAUAAAAUCCCUCAAACUCACCACCCAAAACUCAUCCACCUCUCAGCUGAACAGCCACUCCACCUCUUAUGAGAUCACCGCGAUGAAUGAUCUCAGUCCAAUCCAGUUCCCCCUCAUAGAAAAGCAUUGGGGACAUAUGAGGUAUCCAUGGCAAAUGUUGUGCUCCACAACUUGGAUGCUUCAAUAGGGAUGCACCAAAUCCAUUGCUUCUCAUUGAGAAACAUUCACAGUGUUCAGCAUCUUAUGGCUGUGUGUGAGGAUGCCAAAUGUGAAGACCUUAAAUUUUUUGGCAGUCUGUCAGCCACUAGAGACCUCUCUAAGAUUAACUGUAAGCAUUGCUGUUUUCUGAAACAGCAAUGUUUUACAUAGCCAGCCUGGAGGUACAGGGUAUGUGCACCAAAACCAGUUAAUUAAGAUGAUGUGGUUUUGGUGCAUAGAGUGUCCCUUGAAAAGUAAGUUGUGUAAGUUUAUGACCAACUUGCAAAAUGUAGUCCUGAAUUAUUGAAGUAAAUCUCCAGCUUGUUUUCUCUUCACAAGCUGGUAUUACAUAGAUGAGAGCAUGGCCAGAGCACAAACUGCUUCCUGAGAAAUCAUGCAUUCACUGUUGACUAUGAGUAAAACCAGGAUGGAUGUCCAGUGCAUUCACAAGGAUGGCGGUGCUCAGUUUUUUGUUUAGUUUACUUUUUAGCCCAAACUGACUGAUUCAUUUACAUUUCAAGAGUGCAAUACAUACUAUUAAAGGGGCACAAGAGGCAUUUAAACAACUUAAUGAAGCAGUUUUUGUGUAUUGAUCCUCUGUAAAUUAUCUGCAGUCUUACUGCUCUAUUCACUGCCAUUUAGGAGUUAAAUCACUUUUUGUUUCUGUUUAUGCAGCCCUAGCCACACUUCCACUGGCUAUGACUCACACAGUCAGUAUCAAUCAGCACACAAGGAGGGCUGCAUGGUCUAGAUCUAGGAGAUAGUAAAUUCUAAAUUAAACAGAAUGUGCAAUAUAGGACAUUGAAACAUUAGAUCUCUCAUUACAGGAAGUCUUUAAGAAGGCUGUGUAAGUCAGCAGGGAGGUGUGACUAGGGCUGAAUAAACAAAGUCAUUUAACUCUUAAAUGGCUGAGAAUUGAGCAGUUAGACUGCAUGGGGCAUUAUCUAUAUACCAGAGCUACUCCAUUAAGCUAACGUUUUGGGGUCUAUAGUGUCCUUUUAACACAAUUCAAGGUACAGGAUAAGGAAAGUGUGCCAAGUAGUGGAGGAUGUGGAAAGUGGUGAAAAAUUGGAGAUAGUUGAGGGUAGCUUUACUAACUUGUGUUCAGUAUCCUGAUCACUUGUUCAACCCCGGUAGUUUUAUCAGGUAAACUGUAAUUUAUUAUAGUAAGUAAUACAUUUUUAAAUAUGAUCCACUGGAGUUUACUAAUUAGUUGGAUGGAUAUUCUUCCUGGAACAGUAUUCUUAGGCUUUUAAUGUAGGCACUGCAUAUCCUACAGAAGCCUAUCAAGAAAACGACUUGGUUUACCAGAUAGACUACAUAUCUCUAGAAUAAGAUAAAAGGGUAAUCCCAACGUGAACCCAUUGUUCACUGUGCCUAGAGGGGUUUUGUCUACACUUCACUGAUGAUGCCUAACCCUCAUCCGGGGUUGCUGUAUCUCUUGUGAGGAGGGAACCAGCCUGUUUUUUGUUUGUUUGUUUUUUUCUGAUAACUCUAGAAUAAGGUAUGAAUUUUCACUAUGGUGACAUCUUUUCUGUUAUCCAUUUCCCAUUUAGAGACUUCUUAAAAUUUACUGAAAUCUUUCUCAAUUACAAAACUGGAUUAAAACUAUUUAUUUUAAACCAUCCCAUCAUUUGUCUGGUAAAAAUGAAUCAAUGAGAAAUAAUGAAUGUGUUUUUUUGGUAGCUUAGCAUCAGCGAGAUAAGAAUCAGAGACUAAUUCAACCACAAAGACUUCUCAGAAACCCUGGAUAGACUUAGCCAUGGCCAAAGUACAUAAAGUGAAGUUUUUUACACAAAACUGUGGAAACCCAUAGUGAUUUACUUUUUGCUCCUAUUUCAGAUGUAAAAGAGUAAAUAAAUCUUUUAAACGGUAUCCUUUUCACUAAAAUUACACUAGAAAACUCAAUUGUCAGUUAAGGACUGGUGUAGCACAAGGAGUGAUGAAGGAUCUGUAUCUAACCAUUCCUUGUCUUUAUUAUUGUCCCAUAACUCUCCUGAUAUUAGAUUGCUCUAAUAAAGUGGCUACAAUGCAUGCACACCAGGAAGAACAAGAAGGGUUAGCUAUGGUCAUGAUGGUAUCAUUGUAAACACAAUGAUAACACAAUGGUUACAACCAUAAUACAAAUGUUACACUGGGACUGCAAUAUAAGAGAAAAAAAGAAAGAAAAGAGAAGAUUGAACCCAAUGACUGUAGAUACAAUGGGGCUACUGCUGUGUGCCCAGUGGGUGGAUGAGUGAUGGCCCUUCAGUCUUCAAUAAUGACAACAAAGCCAGUGGCAGCAGAGUCAUCUGUUAAUUUAAAAUGGACAGUAAUCUAUAGCACUGAAUAAACACAUACAGAGUCUAACCCUUUCACUGCCAUUAGUCAGCUUGUAUUGUUACGAGACAUUGCAGGCCUUAGAUCAAACAGACUAGUCGUCAGAGACUGCCAAAUUGGUCAUAAAAUAGCUCAACAGGUUUCAUCUGUGACCUACACUUUAUGGUAUGUGUUAGACACCCUUCUUUAGACAUAGACCAGUAGGUCUCUUGCUGUUAUGGAACUGCAAUUCACAUGAUGCCCUGGCAAAUGAAGGUACAAUUCAGGCAGCAUAUCAUGGGAGCCAAUUGGGAAUGAUAUUGUCACGUAUCCAACUAUGCUGGCUGGAGUAAAAAGCAUGUAUAGCUUACAUUCACUUUACACAGACUACAGCAAUUUAGCCGAUAGGCAUACAUUUAAAGCAUCAAUGCGCACGUUAGCCAAUCACAAAGAGUGUUCAGCGGCUGAUUGUCUCUCGUGGCUAUAGCCAUAUUUACAUAUAUUUCUGCAACUCUUCAAUUUAUGCUUUCCUUUGGUCUCUUCUAAAGGAGAAGCCAUAGUGAAUGGGUGGAGUGUUCAGCCCAAUAGGAAUCUGGUCUGGAUUCCAAAUCUAUAUAUUAUUAUUAUCGCCAUUUAUGUAGCGCCAACAGAUUCCAUAGUACUUUACAAUAUAUAGAUAUAUACACAAAAUCUAUUGGAUAGAUUUUGGUCUUUAUGGCAGCACCACUACUUAAAAAUGCAUGCUAUGGGUGAGCCUCCAUUUCCCAUUUUUUUCUGUGUAGAUUUGAAAUCCAGACAAGAUUCCUUUUGGGCUGAGCACACAACCCAUUUUUUUCUUUAGAUUUAAGUAUAUAUAUAAUUUAAUUGUGUCAUCGCGAUCACGUGAUGAGGGUGGAUGGGAUUUGCUGCAGGGGGUCUGCCUCGGUUGUCAGGCAGUCACUGCUAUUGGAUCCGGCGUUGUAGGUAAGUAUUCUGGCUCGCUGGAGAGCACACCAUCGCGACGCCCCUGUGGCGUUUAAGCCCUCCUUUUGUACAAAGAAAUUGCACACCUUAACAUUGUUAAGGGUUUAAUCUGAAAGCCCUGGGAAACAUUUUUUUUAAAAAUCAUUAAAAAAUGGACUUGGCUCUUUCAGAAAUUUAUGUACAACCAUUUUAGACAAAAAGUUGCAAAAUUAAGCAUUUGUUUAGAUCACUAAAUAGCUAAUAGGUAAUCUGUACUUUUAACAUGUUAUUUUUGUUCAAUUGAUGUUUAUCGCAUUCAUUUAUUGUGCUUAUUGUAUUCACUAUUUAUCACAGUAGUGCAAUUACAUUUGUUAUCUUGGGUUUCUACUGUUAAGGAGCAAAUAAGGAAAAUUUUAUGCAAUGUUUAUAUUGCGACUUUUUUUUCAUGCACCAUUUAUUUUUAUUACUUUUUUUUUCAGUUGCAGAUGGUUAAAACAUGUCACCCUUAGUUCCAUUCGUAACAAUUAUAAAUACAAGUGUCAUGUCACCUUUUUGGUUCACAUGUACGAUUUACAUAGAAUAAAGAAUAAAAUAAUACAAUAUAUUAAACAAAUAUUAUAAUGAUGUAGAGACAGGGUCUUUACUUAUACCUCGCUUCUUUUUGUCUCAGUGCAUCUACUGCAUUCUAAAGCCAGUCUUAUCACCAGUGGAUCAUAACCUUCUGAAUGGAUUUUAUGGGUACCUGUAAGAAUAUAUACAAGACAGGAUAUUGCAUCUGUUAAUUCAAUUAAAAACCACCCUCUCAAACAAUAGACAUCUGUGGACUAUUUCACAUCUCUCUCAAAAACAACUUCAAGUAGUUUAUCUGUAUUGAGUUUUGACCUUUAUGAUAUCAAAAUGUAUCUUAAUUGUUAACUAGAUAUAAUGCUGUUGCCUUUAAAUAUUCCUCUGCACUGUUGUAGUAGGAUUCAGCCAAAUUACAAUAUGCAGUAUUAUUGAUAGAUAAACUGAUAACAUCUUCUAUUAUGAAAAUGUUAUAUUUAUAUGUGUUACUUAUAUGGGUACUAGAGUAGUUCUAAUGAUACAUCUAAACAAUUACUUUGUAAUGUUUGAAAGAAAAACAACUUGUCUUUCACUUAAAGGGACGUUUAACUUCCUCUUACUGCCCCUUAUCUCCACAACACACUGGGUACAGCUAUCUGAUUAGCAUAGGCUUAGGAUAGAAGAAAACACUUACUCUUGAUCUAGUCUAGGAGGGGGUCUGUCUGCUGUAGUGGUGGGCCACUUACAGCCCUACAAUGUUUCUUGAAGCAAAUUCCCAGCAUUCUUCUGGGGUUUUUACCAUUAUAUUAUUUCACACAUAACCACUUGAUUGGGAGAAUUGCUUGGGUCAUUGGGUCAGACAAUGGUGGUAGGACUUUAAUUCUAGAUUGAUGUUCUAGAUCAGAAAGUUUGUAUGUCAAGACAAAGAAAGGAAAUAAUAUAAAUGUCUUCUGUGCAAAGGAAUAAAAUACAUUUAAGUGGAUUAAACUGAGGAAAUGUCAGUUUAUUUUAUUAUUAUUAUUAUUAUUAUUAUUAUUAUUAUCAUUUAUAUAGCGCCAACAGAUUCCGUAGCGCUUUUAUGUAUUUAUCUAUCAAUUUACAUACUCUUCACUUCACUUUUAGACAUUUGUCUUAGUGCCAUAGCACCAAGAACAAAUUUCUGUGUUAAGGACGUGCACAUUAUUUAUAAUUUUUUCUAUAUGCCCAGAAUUAAUACCUGAAAUCUUAAAAUCUUCACCUUGGUUAUCUGUUUCAUUGAACCUUGUUUUCACCAAUGGAAACUUGGCAACAAGUACGUUUCAGAGUCCUCUAAGAGCUAUUAUAGUGCAUACAUCUAAGAGGGCUUUGUGGUGGCCAAGUUCAACAACAGAGAAAUGCUUUCUUUUUAUGUAUUUGAGCAGUAGAAUCUGCAGGACUAAGAAAUCCUUUAAUCAAAUUGCAGUGAAGUGAACGAUCAAUUGAUAUACCAUAUGCCAAAUUUAGAUAUAACGAAUCAAUUUUAGUAUUAUCUUGAAGCUCUGUAAAUACAGCAUUGGCUGGCUAUCCUGUAUUUCAUUAUAAUGGACAGGAUAGUCACUGGUCGUUUUAAGACUAAAGAACAGCCAUCAAUCAAGACCACGUGAUUCUUUAUUUGGAUAUUUUCUGCAAAAAUGUCUUGGAGCUGGAUUUACAAUAGAGUUGAUCCAUUGCCAGUUCUGGCAGUGAAAAACAAAUAUUUUUAGGACAAACAUUAAAUCUGAUGCAAACACUAUACCAGUCAAUAUAUUGUAUCUGUAGCUUGCUGAAAAUGUAACUCUUUUUCUGAAUUUCUUUUUUUUUGCACAUAAAUGUAUUAUCAUCAUCAGUGCACAAUUGGACAAAUUUGGAGAAAAGUGCAAUUUCCCUAAAUUAUAGUUAAGCACACACUUGAAGUUUCUUCACUUUUGUGUGUGUGUGUGUAUAUAUAUAUAUAUAUCUAUAUAUAUAUAUAUAGAUAUAUAUAUAUAUAUAUAUAUAGCGCUCCCCACCAUUUUUCCACAAUCAGGAAAUGUCUGUCUAUAUUACAUUGCUGACUGAGACUGAGUCAAAAUUAAAACAAGUAUACUAUAUCAGCUCUUCAAGGUAUGGAAGACACUUAAGUGUUUAAUGGGAAAUGCUAUCUCAAGUAAAAUCAUUACAAAAAUGCAUCUAUGCUAUAUGUAUCAAAUCCACGUUAGCUAUAUUACACAGUUUUGGUCUAUAAAUCAUGCCCCUGAAGUCUCACUGCUCAAUGUGCUGCCAUUUAGGAGUUAAAUUAAUUUGUUUCUGUUUAUUCAGCCCUAGCCAAACCACCCCUGCUUGUGACUCACGCAACCUGCAUGAAAAAAGGUUUCAUUUUCAAUCAGACGUUCACUUACUUUAGAUGGUUUUAUGUCCUACUCAGAAAACUAAAAUGAACUUUAGUCACACAUAGGAGGCUCCUGCAGGGUCUAGAAGGAUAUUAACAGAGCAAGAGAUAAGAAAUUCGAAAUUAAACAUACUGUGCAGUAAAGGAAUUUUAAGCAUUAGAUAACUCUUUACAGGACAUGUUUAGGAUGGCUGUGUAAGUCACAUGCAGGGAGGUGUGACUAGGCUGCAUAAACAAAGUGAUUUAAUUCCUACAAAGUAGAGAAUUUAGCACUGAAACUGCAGGGUUAUGAUCUAUACACCCAAAUGGCUUCAUUAGGCUAAAGUUGUUUUGGUGCCUAUAGUGUCCCUUUAAGUGUGGUCUACAUGCCCUUUCACUCCUACAAUCAUUAUUAAUGUAUAGAAAAAACAUAGGUUUAAAGGUCAACUGUUUUCUCAAAAUUAUUUUUUAACAUAAUAUAUUCAUCAAGUUUUGAAACACAAUAUAUAUAUUUUUAAGUAAGUAUAUUUUAACAUUCCUACCUUCCUAGUAUAUCACGUGAUCUCUCAGCCAUGUACAUGCAUGAUCAGACAGUGUUUGAAAACUGACAGCUUCUAUGGCUGAAUGUAGUUGGGUCCUUGCAUGUGAUUAUCACUAAAUACCAGGAGGUCACUUUACUAAAUUCUGAAAUGUAUCGAUUUCUCAAACAAGCUGACACUUGCUAGAUGAAAAUUAGAUGUGUUGUGAACUUGUCAGUUACACUCAUUAGCGCAAGUUAUCACCAUGAACACUAUCACGGUCACUAUUAAGUCUAUGGCAAAUUACUGACUUUAGGUGAACUUGGGAGGGAUUUAUGCUUUUUUUAGUCAUGAUGAAAUCCAUUUGCAUUUGUUACAUAGCUAAAACGACCACAAUGAAAUGAACAGAACUCAGCAGGAAAUGUAUUAAUUCAGAGAUUAGUGAAUUAAUAUAAUUUUCUCUUCCGAGUUUUACCCAAAUUCACUAGAGCCAUAUGUGUAAAAUAAUCUGUAGAAAGUACAUGUAUGAUUGUAUGACAUUUAUAUAAAAACAUUUAGUUUACAGGUGAGAUAUGCAGUAUAUGUUUUAUAAAAUGUAUAUACUAAAUGUAGCAGAAUGCAGUAUUUAUAUACACAGUGCAAUGUGUGUGGUCACAGAAUCUGGUGUAUGAUUUCCGAAGAAGAAUAAAAAAGGUGUGAAUGACGGAAUAAUUUAAGAAAGAAAAAACAACAAAAAAAGCCACAAUGUGAAUCUAAUCCAAUACACAGCUGCCAAGCUGAGAAAUUUAUCCCAGCCAAUCUGGCGAAAUGUCACUCAUCACAUGUGAUUCCAACUGGCCUUUGACAACGAGCCACAGGCGCUUUUUGGCAUGAAAUGGGUUUUAGUUUCCUUUAAUAACACCAAAACUGAGGAAACCAAGACUUGUAAACAGAUUCAUAACUCCUGCAGACAUAAAAUUGCAAAAUAACCUGUGUGAUGAGUGUUCGAGGAGUGUCUUAUUACAAUGCACCCCGCUGAGAACCCACUUAUUGUCAUACCACCAAGACUGUCCCACAAUGGUUUAAUCCUCUGCUUAUUGGCAAUUGUCCCUUACUUUUAGACAAUAUUGUGGUGAUUGCUGGCAAAACAGAAGCUUCAAUUGAGCUUGCAUUAUAAAAGCUAGUACUUUCGAUUAACCCUUCGAAGUUCAAAGGAAAGUCAAACUGAUCAGAAGACAACUGUUUUGUCCACAAAAUAUGCAAAUACUCUGCUCUGAGUAGGACAAGGGCUGAGCAUGUCGGCAUUGAAGGUGAAGGAUGAUAAGUGAUUCAUUGCAGAGAUAUGUGAAGUGAAAUCUGACAGGUUUGUGGAAGGGAAUGAGUCUCCUGUUGAAAGAAUUCUCCAUUACACAGCAAUAUGCUGGGAAUCAGCUUGCUAAGCGCAGGCUACAUUGGCUGCCUUUGUUGAGGGGCCUUGUUAAGUAUUAACUGGAGAAAGGCUGUGCCCGGCCUACUCCAUGGGAACACUUUAUCUCCUCUUCGCUGGAGCCACGACCUGCGGUGCUUAAUUUUUCUCUCUCGGUUGGGCUGCAGCCCUGUGCCGUUCCAGCCAAAAAACGCUCAUAUUUGAGGAAGCUUAACUCUCCCUUGGUUGCCAGGUAUUAAACGAAAACUUGUCUGUCACAGGAGGAGAGGGUCAGGGGGAGAGAAUAAGGGGUCAUGUUAACUACUAAGGCAAAAACAAACGGCUGGCCAGCUAAUCACGUGAGGCAGCUUUUAGCUAUGGAGACAGUAGUGGGGCCUAGGGAGAGAGAGUCAUAUUAGCAGAGCAUGGGAGGUAUGUUUAAGGUUAUAGGCAUUCCCUUUUACCUCUCUGAGGAUGCCUGAAGCUAGACAUGCUUUAUCAGAUUAUUUCAAUUAUUUCCUCUUUGAGAACCAAUGCCUUUUCUUUCACACAGAAUAAAUUACUUUAACUAAACAGGUUUAUUUACUAAAGUGCGAACUCUUUGGAAUUCAAUGCAAAUUCAGUAAAGUUUACAUUUUAAGCUAAAAUAAUUGAGUUGAAGACAGCUGUUAUGGAAUAUUUCUUCAUUCUGGCUAUAGUGUAUAUUUAAAAAAAGGAUCACAGUGAAUUUCACAUUAAAUGUAUUACAUUUCAAAAGAAUCACACUACUGUGAAAAGUUUAGAAGGGUUUAUUCACUAAACAUUAAUUGGUAGCGAAUUCAUACCUGAAUUUCAACAUUGCUAUAUUUUACAUUUCAUUAAAUUUUUUACAAUUUGGUGAUAAGUAAAUAAACAAUUUAAAGUGUUUUGUUUAUAUAAUAUCUGGGUAAACAAAAAUAUAUAUUUUCCACUAAUAUUCUAUUCUGUUUUUCUACAUUUAUAGAUGUUAAUAUUACUUAAAGGGACACUAUAGUCACCAAAACAACUUUAGCUUUAUGUAGCACUUUUGGUGUUUAGGUCAUGCUCCUGCACAAUCACGGCUUAAUUCUCUGCCAUUUAGGAGUAAAAUCACUUUGUUUAUGCAACCCUAGUCACAACUUCCUGCAUGUUACUUACACAGCCUUCCUACGCACUUCCUGUAAAGUGAGAUCUAAUGUUUAAACUUCCUUUAUUGCACUGUCUGUUUAAUACAGAAUUUCUUAUUUCCUCUUGUGUGUGAUUAAAGUUCAAUUACAGAGCAGGAGAUACAAAAUUCUAAAGUAAGUCAAUAUUUGACAGCAAAUAAAAAUAUAUUUUUCAUGCAAGCUGUGUCAAUCACAGACAGGGGAGGUGUGGCUAGAGCUGCAUGGACAGAAAUAAAAAGUGAUUUAACACCUAAAUGACAGAUUAUUGAGCAGUGAGACUGCAAGGGCAUGAUGUAUACACAAAAACUGCUUCAAAAAUUUAUUUUGGUGACUAUAGUGUCCCUUUAAAUUCCAAACCAGCUGUUGAAAUAACUUCGGUGUUUUAUGUUUAUUAUGUUUGUUUCAACUAUGUGGUAUAUCCAGUAUAGAUAUAAUUGUGCUGACUUUGCUCUGCAAAAUACAUGACUAGGGUCACACUCUCAUUGAAGUGGUCUGAGUGAAGUGUACCUGUCCCAUUUCAGUGUUAAGACUGCCUCUAGUGUCUGUCUACCAGACAGCCACUAGAGGCGCUUCCUGCAGUAUCACAGAGCUUGACUCUGUGAAACAACGCUGGAUAUCCUCACGCUUUGCAUGGGGACAUCCAGCGUCAAGCAAAACCCAAUAGGAAAGUAUUGAUUCAAUGCAUUCCUAUGGUGAAGGUCUAAUGCGAUUAAGUAUUAAUCUAACAAUGAUUUUCUAGUAGUGAUAGACAAGAGACUCACCUCAUGAAUCUGUCUGUCUCCCUGUCUGUCCAUCCAAACUGUUCAAAUGGACACUAGACUUGCACUUUGACAGCGUAAGCUCUCCCUUCAUUGACAGGAUACAUAUAUAUAUAGAUAGUAUGCUGCACCACCCACAGGUAUAUCAUGGAUAGUCCUGUUGUGCUGAAAUCUGGCAUGUAUUAGUGUGUGUGUGUGUGUGUCUGCAUAUGCCUAGAUAUACAUUUUUUAUAUUAAAUACAUACACAUCUUACUCUUUUUAUGAUGCUGCUGUUUGUUCUCCUGCUUAAGAUCCAAAAUGCUGGCACAUUUUUUCACCUCAUUACUGUGGGUGUUUUGUAGAAUGGGUAAUCCCUUCAUUUAAUUAAAGAAAAAUAAAAACACAAGGUAUGUUAGUCAGGCUAUUGUUGGUCUCCUGGAACAGAAUGUCAACCGGUAACGUCUCAAUGGGAGGGGGUGGAGUCAUGCAGGAAUCAGUAAGUCCCAUGUGUUUAAUCCUCUAAUCCCAUUCCCUCCUUCUUCCUUACUUUACCACUGUCCCACUGAGAGAUGAAGGAUGGGGACGUCAAGCGGUAUACUGCCUACUGAACAGCUCUUGAGAUAAUGGCUGAAUUAGUUGUGGAAUUUUACUGUUCCGAUCAGCUGAAUUUUAUACACAACUAAGUGCCAAGCUGCUAGGGACAGUACGAAUACCAUACAAUAGGGGGGGCAGGGAAUGUAAGAUUUCAGAAGGCAUCUAGACAAGUACAGGAUUGCAAGACAGAAUGUGUGCAAUGACACUAGGCUACUAGAAGAGCUUUCUACUACCAUUUACCUCUGCUAGCCGAUUACUAAUCUUCACUUAGACUGUAGAAGAAAAGUUAGAGCUACUGUAUAUCAUUGUGCAAGUUAUGUAAUAUCCCAUAGCAAUUUCAUAUAUGUGUAAAUACAAACCAAAGAACUUCAUAUAUUUCCACAUACACUACACAAUAUUACGAAAGUGCUACUACAACAUGCUUACUGGACCAAACGGUCACAUAUUCAUUUUCUCUUCAUACUUUACUGAGACGACCAAUAUUUAAACUCCCAUUACUGCAAUCAGAUAUUUAAUUUAGUGACUUAGUCAGUAAAAACAAGAAAACACAAGAAAAACGUUCCAUCUCACAGGGAAAUCACAAUCUUGUAUUUGAUAAAUAUUGAAGUUGAGCUUGAUGGACUUUAUUCUAUUUUCAUCCCAGUUUACUAUGUAACAUUAGUAACAAUGUUGAAGUGAUCAUCAGUGAAAAAGAGUCCUAUAGCUCAUGUGAAGCCCGCAAGAUUUGGUGAUCAUGAUCAUGACCAUUUCAACAACUUAAAUGACUUUAAAAGGCUUUUAACCAAUACUCCAAAAAUAUUUCCAAGUGUUAGUGCAUGCGCAGGGUGAACACCACAACUCAUCCUUUGAUUUGAUGAUGUGUACAAGCAACAUUAUCUAAUAAAUCAUUGUUAAUCUAUUACAACUAUUAAAAGACAAAUAAGUGCUAUAACAUAGCAAAAUCGAUAAAAUUGGAAAUAUACACAAAGAUAAUACCUAAAAUGUCUGUAUUAAUGUACAGUACCUUAAAUAAACACCCACUUCAUGUCCAUAUGGAACAUGAUAGGUUAAUUACACACCUGUCAUCAAUUGGCAUCAUCAAUGCCCUUGACUGUCUAACCGCCAGCCUGUUAUGUAAUUGAAAACCUCACAACAGCACCAAUUUUUGGGGGUAUUGGCCACUAAAGUGUAAUAUUGAAAGAUUCACAACAAAAUUAUGGUUUAGGUGCAGCUUUAACUCGAUAUUGAUUUCCAACUCCAGUGGCAUUAAUGGUAUUUGGGUGCGGUAGAAAUAAUGUUCGUGACAUUUGAAUUGAUUUAGAUUUGUUGGCUGUCACAUGAUAUCAGCUGUAAAUCAGAAAACAUUAUUGAUUACUGACAAUGGAUUGUAAUGUAGACAUCAGUUAGGAUUCUAAUUUGGGCAGUCCGGUCUUAAUUUUACACGUGGCUUGUCAACAUUCACCAACUCACCAUUUAGUAAAUACAUCUGAGAAUUCAAGGUCAAUUUAAAGUGAAUUUGAAAUUUAAGAUCGAAAUAGCCAAACUGGAAAAAAAAUAAAAUUCAGCUAUUGUGGCCCUAAAUUAGAAAUUUACUUUGAAUUCACUUUGAAUUCUCACUUUAGUAAAUAACCCUGCAUGAUCACAAUGUCUUUGUACUAAAUCAGGCAGGUCAGUGAAAGCCAGUGGUGAUCAUCCAAACACAUCAAUCUUCUAAUAGUCUUCAUCUCGAGCUGUCUCCAUGUUAUGUAUAUAGAAUGUUCCGAACAGCCUAUUAACCAGUUAGGGUUCCAUAGUCUAUUAGGACUCUAACUAAGAGUAACUUGAUUUGGCAGCAACUGAAACCUGACAGCAUUGGACGAAGAGACCUGCUCUCUACAAACACCAAAUUAACUUUCUGUGUAAUAAUAACACAUAGUGCAAAUCCCUUUUUCCAAGAGCAGGCUCUGUCAAAUCCCUCUUCAAAACGUGCAGUUAUAUUGCUCUUAAACCCUUUAAAAAAAUUCUUCAAAUAUAUGUUUAAUGCCAUAAUGUGCCAUCUAGCCAAAAACUGAAUUGCUCCCAAUUACUGUGGAUGGUACAUGUAAUUAGAUCAGUCUAUAAACAGCCUCUUCUGGGUUUGGAGAGGGGGUGAUGUCCUGUUCAAGAGGCCGGUUACAUUUAGCACUUCAUUUCUGUAUUUGAACUGUCAUUUCAAUCCUGUCUCUUAAAAUCAGCCGUAAGGUUGCACGUACCGAAUAAAACACAUCACGACUCUGGUACAAUUUGGAAGACAUGCUAUGUAAAAUAUAUCAGUCUGAUUUUGGUUUUGUGAUUUUGAGAAAUAACUGCUGAGUUUUAUAUUUGAUGUUUAUAAUAAGCAGCAUCCCGUGUUUUAAAAUAAAUAAUGUCCCAUGGAGGGCCUGUGUCUGCACAGAAAAAUUGCAAUCCAAGGAGGAUAUCUCUCUCUUUUUAGUGGUCUGUCUGUCCAUCCAGAGUGUUAACAUGGACAGAGUAAGCUCUCCCUCCAUUUACUGGAUAUACAGAUAGUAUGUGUUGCACCACACACAGGUAUAUGUUGGAUAGUUGUGCUGAAAUCUCCCAUGCAUUAGAAUCUGUGUGUUUAUAUGUAUAUAUCCCUGGAUAUUAUUACAUACAUAGACAUCCUACUCCAUUGAUACGGACGUUAUUUUCUGUUCUCCUGCUUAGGAUCCAAAAUACUGGCACAUUUUUUCACCUCAUUACUGAGGGUGUUUUGUAGAAUGGGUAAUCCCUUCAUUUAAUUAAAGAAAAAGAAAAACACAAGGUAUGUUAUUCAGGCUAUUGUUGGUUUUCUGGAAUAGAAUGUCAACCGGUAACGUCUCAAUGGGUGAUAACAAAAACAAUGAAGCUUCAUAUCAAGUUAGAAGUAUGGCUGUGUGUCUUAUGAAUGUGUGCAGAUAUCUUCAUAUUGUGAAUUAAGAUAAUGGUGUUCGGCUCUGCUUUAGGCUGUACAGCUAUCCACUGUGUACAUUACUAUCAUUAAAGCCUAAAAAAAAGACUGCUUGGAGAUUAUAGCCACUCCCUGCUCUGGAAAAAGCUUUUUAUCUGCGUUUCUUUCUAGUUUAUUUCUGCAUUUCAUGGCAUUAUUUGUACGAUAUAUUGAAAUGGGACAGCUCAAUUUAGCAGUAUUCCUCUAAGCUGAGCAUCACUUGGUAACUUAGUCUUUUCAUCGGUAGAUCAACGUUUCUUUCUUUAAUGAUAAUUAUUGGUCACUAGGGGGACUUUGCCCCCCAUUAACCUAAAAGACAUGUAUUCUAAAUGGUGUAUAUCAUGAAAUUAAUUAUGGAUUGGGAUUGUUCAGCAUUUUUGUCCAGUGUAAGAAGUCCUAAAUUCAGGCAGAUUGCUAUUUCUUUGUAGCCACCAUAACUUAUUUUUGGGUAUCCACCAACAAAAGACAUGCUCUUUGUUUGUGAUUGUUUUCACGGCUGAGAAGUGGAUGUAAUUAACCGUGUGCUCACAGUUGCAAGGCUCAGAGACACAGUAGGGGUUUGGUCCCUUUGUAGGGGUCUGAUCGUCUGUAGGAAGUUAAAGAGAUUUAAUAGUUACCUGUGUGUUUUGUCAUGUCUUUGAGAAUAAACGGAUGCUCGAUGGCCUGGAAGGUAGUCUAAAAAGAUCAAGUUCUAUCUGUCUUUGUCAGACAUUUGUAUUUGGGCAUCUGCAGCAAAAGGGAAAUGAUUGUCUGUAGAAGGCUUGAUUACAGGGAACUGUAAUAGUCUCGAGUACAAACAUUGGUAGCAGGGUCGAGGAUGUUAAUUUGUAGCACAAUAAUUUGUAGCAACUAGCAAGCUGGAUAACAGGAAUCUGUUGCAGGUUUGGAAGAAACAAACUAUGGCAAGCUUGAGAACAGAAAUGUACUUGAAAACGUGAGUCUAUAGCAAGCUUGAGGAUGGAAAUCUAUUGCAAGUUUGAGGAUGGGAAUCUAUUAGAGGUUUAAUAACAUAAAUCUUCAGAAAGCUUCAGUCUUGUGGUUGGAAGGUCUAGAUGGUGCACCAAGACACUAGAGAAGUACCACCACAUCUUUCAUUUUAUUUUCUUGUCCCUGAGUCUUUAAUAAAUUGCCCUUUGUUUCCAGACAGGACUUCUUUUAUUCCACCAUAUUUAUUCUGAAGAAGGAACUUUUCCCCUAUAUAAAGUUAGAUUUUUGUAGAGGUUUUGAAUGCUCACUCAUUGACUUUAUUUUAUAUCUGUGUGGCCUAGAGUGUAAAUUAUUUAUAGAACGCGUAUGGCGUUCACUCCCAUGUACACCUCUAAUUACUCUUGACAUUUUGUUACAGUGAACAUCAGUUCACUCCUUACUAGGGUUAAUAAAAGCUAUAUGAAAAACUGAAAGGCAUUGCUUGCCACGACAGAAAAUUAUUUGUUUGAAAAAAAGAGCUUUUAAAAUCAGAGAGAGAGAGAGAGAGAGUAUAACUUCAAUAAAAUCACAUAAAUCAGUAAAAUAUGGUGGAUAGGAAUUAAAUAAACUGACAUUUUCACACAGGAAUAUUGCGUGUCUUUCACUGCAGGACAUGUUUAUUUUAAUGACUGAUUGACAAGGCAAUGCUGAAAACUGAGUUAGGUGUAAUGAUAGAGUCAAUGGAAUUUUUGAAGAGAUUAUACUCGAUUCUGAAUUUCUUGGAAAAUUCUCAUAUUAAAGCUAAACACAUUUCCAUGUUUCCCCAUAGCAUUGCCAAGCCAAGCAUCAAGUUAAAAGACUGGAUGAAAAAAAGAACUGGAAAAGUUUCCCUUUUACUCUCACAUUACUGUUUUGCAGAAAUCAGAACUUUAAUUUUACGUCCAGUUUUACAGGAUUUAUUAUUCAUUGCUUAUAAUGCUUUUUCAAAUUUGAGACAGUAUCACGCUAACAACAAUGAUUUAACCUCUUGUAAUUAAAGUAACACUAUAGCGUCAGGAAUACAAAGAUUUAUUCCGGACACUAUAGUGCUGGAAUGCAGCAUUAGGUCCCACUCACCGGAAAUUAAAGGUGAUUUUAUUCACCUUUUCUCCCACUCCAUGCCAGUUUUGCCAUGACUGGACCUGCCUCCAUGGCUGAGAUCAUCAAUCUUCAUGCAGAGCAGGAAGCACUUCUAGUCGACGUCAGAGGGACUGCCACUAGAGUUGUAACUAGACACCAGUGUAAACACUGCACCUUUUACAGUGCCAAGGCUUCAAGGACAUGUCGUAGACACCAGAACCACUUCUGUAGAGGUUUUGGUGGCUAUAGGGUCCCUUUAACAAUAUAUCAUAACUCAUUUUAUUUGGAACCUACCAGUCAUCUUAACAUUUACAUCACAACUUUCUAAAAAAUUGUUAUCAUACUGAUAAUCCUUGCCAUUAAAUGUUCCAAUUUUAUUUUCCAACUACAUAAUAUAUAGAUAUUUGUUUAUUAAAUCCAUGGACUAAAAAUAAUAAGACAGAAGGAAUGGUUUUAUUACAAAUGCAAAUUUUGUACAAAUUGGCCUUGGGAUAAAAUGUUAGAAUAAAUAAUCACCAUAUCAUUUGCUGUCCUUCUGCUGAUUAAGCAGCUGUCUGGAAUCAGAAUCCUUUAUAGUUCACUUGAGGGAAGAGUGUGGUUAUGCAGCUCGAGGACAGAGGCCAUGUUAUCGUCACCUAUGUUAUUCAUAGGCUUAAACAGAUUAGCUCAAUUCUGAGCUAUUAAUGAACUGUGUACACAUUGAGUGCAACCCCUCCAGACUUAACACUGGAUGUUGGUGAAAUGUGCAUACUUGUUAUAGGCUCAUGCCAGCCAAGCGCAAGAUAUAGGCCGAGACCUGAAACGCUAAAUUAACUUUACAGUAAAAAUACAGAAAUCUAACUGAUGCAAUUUUAUUGUAGUAUUUAUACUACUCUACUAAACAUACCGAAUUGCCUUGUGGAACUGAGCUAUUUCUGUAAUUAGAAAAAUUCUUACAAAUUUUUUUUUUUAUAAUUUAAUAUAUGGAAUUAACAUAGUUCAAUAUUUACUAUACCUGUACAUGUAUAAAAUAUUUCAAGUCAUAUAGAAAUGCAUCCCAAAAUUGUAGUCCUUUCUCUUAGAAUUACAUGCAGUUUUGUGCAUAGAUUUUUUAUUUUUAAAUAAUCUUUAAUCGAUGGAUAGGUUACAAUGCAAUGAAACAAUCAAAAAUGUCAAACAAUCACAUACGAUAAAUAAAACACAAAGUUAGCACAUUUAUAUAUAUAUAUAAGCUCACAAGAUGGGAUUGAAAACAAGAAAGUAGAGUAACAUCAUAAAAAUCAGCCUCAUAAAUAAUAAAACCAGCUUUGAAUCAAGCCAAAUCGACUAGCUCGCCUUCUCCUCCAAUUUUUGAAUAACACUUGCCACCACUAUCUGUUGGGCGGCUAAGCAACAACAACAAAAAAGAAUGAUUGCACACAUGAACAGAAGGGGCCAGAGAACAAAGAGUAAGGGGAGAGGAAAAAAAGGGGUGCUGGGCAAGGGGGAAAUCGAUAUGAGGCAAAUGUGUAGGCCACAGGCACCAGCAUGACAGUUUAGGAUUGCCAGGGCUGUGGACCUUAUUUUGUGCCACAAACGUGCCUUACAGCUAGCUGCCAGUUGUUCAAUAUUGUGCUCAAUUUUGAAUUUAUUCAUCAGCACUUCAGCUGAUAGAGAGAGCCUUCUAUUGCUUCAUUCAAUGGUUUCUCUGAGCUGAACAUAUUUUAUGGCAAAGUUUUGAUGACUUUCAACCUAUGGAGAGAGCCAUUCAAUAAAGCCAAAGAUGUGUCCGUGAUAUGACAAAUGCCUAGAACUUCACUCAAGCAUCGGAAGACCUUGGCCCAAUAUUACGCAGAUUUAAAAAAAUAUAUAUUUUUAAAAUCUCUGGUGAUCUCUUGUGCUGUGUAAAGCAAAACCUGCUGUCUGUGUUUAUGAGAAUAAAUUCUGCAUUUUCAUAGGACUAGACAAAUUCUUCAUUGUCACUCUGUGGAUAUGAAUUACAAUAAUAUGGAAAGAAAUUAUGUUUUCAGUUAGAAAACUGGAAUGGCAAAGUUGUGUGUUAAAUAGCACUUGUCUGUCAAACCACCUUGUUAACCCAUUCCCGCGUGAGUCAGUAUGUGGUAUGGAGCUGUCGGUUAUGUACUACAAAUUGGAAUGCCUGUGGAAGAGGAGCAAAGGGGGUGGUUCAGUGUUGCAAUCGUGUCACUGGCUCAGUCCUAAAGGGGCGGACCUAAGUAGACAGGUCGACCCAGUGUGAAUACACUCCAGGUUGUCUACCAACCUUACAAGGCCAGUCCACAGAGGGCAGACCCUGCAGUGCCCUGAUCAUAGCGCAAGCACGUCAAUGAUGCGCAUGUCCUAUGAUUGUUGUCGACAGUUCCCUGGUGUCCCCAAAUGUAAGAUAUCGGGGAACUAAGUCAGGAUGGCGGAACCGCUGUACUUGGAGGCAGAAGAAGAAUACAAUUCAGGGGUCUUUAGAGUAGAGGGACACACAUGAUCUAUAAAAUUACACAUUUGGGAAAAUCACAGAAAAUGGAACUAUACCCAGUAGUUUUGUUUGGGUUGGUUACAAAAUGGUAAAAUUAAAGCUGUCAAAUUUCUGACAGUGAAAUACCCUGAUGGGUCUACUUUCUACAAUUGUGCACUAGUUUUUUAGAAGUAAUUUUGAGGAAAAUUUUGAAAACAAAUUAACUUUUUUUUUCCUCUCUCCAAUUUUUUUUAGUAAUUUAUUCAUAAAUAGUAAUAGUAAUAGUCAUUAUAGAAGAAAGCCAUAUCUCUCUUUAUAUUAUGUUUUGGCAUACGUAAAGGAAGGGACAAACACAUAGCAAAAAUGCGAAAAAGGCCUCUGUUGCGAAAUGACAGUCAUGAAGGGUCAGCCAUGAAGGGUUAAUAUAGAUAGCGAAAAAACUCCCUUUGCAUUCUGUUAUUGUUUUGUGAUUUGCUUAACUUGUCUUCACUUGUUGUGUAUAACCCGUCUUGCGCUUAUUCACCUUGUUUAUUUGAUGUAUUUAUGUUUUUUAAAACUAUUUUAUAAUUGGGGCUAGCUUUUGAAGAGCAGUGGUCUUCAAGUGAGACUUACAUAGAUGUGUAUUCAAAACAUGCCACAACUAAUUAGUUUUUUUCUUUUUAAUUAACACAGUGGGAGUCUGGGAGAUAUGUAUAAAGAGUAGUUUUGAACCACAGCAAAAAAACAGUGAAUGAUAUGUAUAAAGAUCAGCUGUUGGCUAAAGUCCAGAAACAGAAAAAUCACCAUAGAAACCUACUGGAUGUUGUUUGUGAUUGCUUCUUUCUGAAAAUUGUCUACACAGUUGUUCUUCAUACAUAACUCCCACUGUAUAUACAAUUUGUAAUGAGCUAUUGAUCUGCAAUCUUAUUUUAAUGGCUGCCUCCAUCCAGCAACAAGCUUUUUUGUAUAACCCAGUGACACAGCUUAAACUGGUCUAAGAAAUGGUAAAUUUUAAGGGUUCAUGUUCUGUGUAAAUUGUCUAAAUUGUGUUAAUCAGUAUUGGAAUGGACAUUUUUGACAAAAAAAAAAAAAGAACAGAAUUAGGUAGAUGAAUGACGUCCACAAUCCUAGAAAACCAUUAAAUAAAUCCCGAUUGAUCAUUGAUCAUUGAUGUCUUGGAUGGAAUGCAAAACACAUUUUGCUUAGAAAGUAACGUGUAUGCUAUGAUCUUUCACCCAUAGGCUCUUUGCAGUAAAAUGCGGUUCGUGCCUUGACACCAUCACAUCUAGAGAGUUCGUCAUGAGAGCACAAAAAAGUGUCUACCAUUUGGGCUGUUUCUGCUGCUGUGUGUGUGAAAGACAACUGCAAAAGGGUGAUGAGUUUGUUUUAAAAGAUGGGCAACUUCUCUGCAAGAGUGACUACGAGCGUGAACGAGAUCUUCUUAGCUUGGUCAGCCCAGCAGCCUCAGAUUCAGGUAUACUUUUAUAUAGUCAUAGAAUACACUGCUGAUUUUAAAAAAAGUGAUCUAUCUGUCUGUCUAUCUAUCUAUCUAUCCAUCUAUAUGUCUGUCUGUCUGUUUAUCUAUCUAUCUAUCUAUCUAUCUAUUAAAGAGACAUAGAAUGAGACGGCAGAUAAGAACCAUUCAGCCCUUCUAGUCUGUGUCUGUCUGAUAAGAAAGGACUGACUUUAUAAUUUAGUAACAAGGGCUAAUUACUCCUUCCCAAAAAUUAACAUGUUUUAGAGUUGACCAGUUUCAGACUCUCAUUAUAAUAAUUUUGCCUCCAAUGAUCUAUUUUAUAUAAUUUAAGCAUUUUAUACAUAUUUUUGGAUGUAAAAGUUGAAAUUUCUUAAUAUUUAAGGGGACCUUCAUUUUGCCCAGUUCAUAAAAAAAAUACAAUAUUUGCCACAUUUCUAAUUGUUGCUUUAUUAUAUGCUUUUGCUUAAGAAAUCUAUUUGUACAACAAUACGUUAUUAUUAUUAUUAUUAUUAUCAUUAUAGCAUCAACAUAUUCCGUUGGACUUCACAAUUAUUUAAAAUGUGAUACAAAUAAUUGACAAAUUAAAGUAAACAGAAAAUAUAUAUGUAGACUAGAUUUGGGAUAUUUAAAGAUAUCCGUAUUUUCCUUGGUGAAAUUGGAGCCUCCACCAGCUUUUCCAUUUGUCAGACUAUAAACAAUUUUCACUGACUUAAGACCACAUAGAAAAAUAAAAAUAAAAAUUAUAUAUAUAUAUAUAUUAUCCCCCACAAAAUUAUGUAAAAUGGCAAAAUCUGAUUAAGUGUUUUCUUUAUUUAUAAAGUACUAUCAUCCUCUGAAACCAUUGAAAGUGUCUAAUAAACUAAAUAAUGGAUACAAUGUACUGCCACGUCACAAGAAAAAUAAAUAAAAUACAAAACGAGAUAUCUUCAACAAUAUCAUAUUUAGGGCUAGACAGGCUUGUUGUAAUACAUUAGCGCUUUAUUAUAUUGCCUUAUAUUCACAUAUACAAUAUUUCUUUUUAUUAUAUAGCGGCAUGUAUCAUAUGAUUAUUGCUUAAAAUUAUAGCCAGAUUUCUGUGCGGUAUCAGCUGUGUUACUUAGACAUGGGAUUUUUAUGCAGCACUCUACCCCUUUACAUUCCCCUCUAAUGUCUAACUUUCAAAGAGCUUUUUAUAGACAAGAGGGCGAGAGAGGCAGAGCAUAAGCUAAACCCAAUUUUAUUGGAAAAUACAGAGGGGGGAAAGUAGAGCCGCAGAUCCCAUAUGCUGAAGCUAAUCUCCAAAGCUCUUACUUCAAUUACAGCCUCUGCAGACUCCAUCACUCAAUCCUAUGUAAACAGCACCUACUCAAAAAGCAUCCUCAUUUCCAAUUAAGUGCCCUAACUCUGCCUCUCACUCUUAAUACCCUCAAACCAAAGAAGUAGUGAUUCAAAAGGAGCGAGAGAAUCUGAUCAGCGUAGCUUCAUUAUAUGAGAUCCCCAUCCCACACAGAUGAUAAACACCUUUUGUACAAUAUGGACCAUACAAAUGUGUAGGUCCAUCCAAGACCAGCUCAUGAAAAGGUCAAACACGCACAAUAUGUUUUCAACUUCUUACUCCGGACUAAAGAAAGAGGGUUAAGGCUUAAUUAAGUGCCACAUCUAGUGCCUGAGACAUUUAAAGAUGCAGAGAUCUUGCUAAUUAAAACUAAGUCUCUCCUUGUUGAAUUUGCAUUGGUUUUAUUAGCUGUCUACAUUUUCUGUAAGCCUGCGAUUCUUUGUAGCAGGUGGUGACAAGCUGGCGAAUAUUAGGGGACCAGUGUGUAAGCAAUCGGCUUUUAUACUGUUUGCUCUUUCUCAGCCUAUCUCGGCUGCUCAGUGCGUUGUUAGGUAGAUUUACAGACCUGCAGUUUGUGUAGCAGACUUAUUGAUAAAGGACAGUCUGUUAUCAUGGCGAGAACUGGUUAGCCACCUUCUUUAAUCCUAAAUGUUUCUCCUGGGACAUAAUGAACCAGUGAAAGAAAUUAACAAUGGGGAUUCAUUUUGACUCUCUGUAAGCUGCAACGUCCCUUUUAUUGACUGGAUUUAUCUGUCAACCACCUUCUUAUAUCAGGUUAUAUACAUAAUGCGUGAGAAGAACUGUUGUUUCAAAAUAGUUUUAUGAAUCUGGGCCUUUUUUAGACUAUGGAAAUCCUAUACUCAACUAAGCAAGGUUGAUUGAUUACUGAAUUUCUCAUAAUGAUUUACCUUAAAAAACAAAAUCCAUUCACAACCAUAGAUAGCGCAGUACAAUGCUAUUGUUGCUACAUACUGUAGUUCUCCAAAAUAUAUGCAAACAAAGCAAAAUGGUAUAUAAAAAUACAAUCUACAAUAAAAUACAGAAAAAAAAUCACAAAUAGUGUAAUACCGUUAGACACCAUAAAAGGGGUUCGUGAAUAUAUUGCACUUACAAACUGGAGAUUAAUAGUAUACAAACACAAUGCAAAGUGUAUAAAAGUAAAAUCAAAAUGUAUUAAAAGUUACACUCAUAAGAUCAAUUAAAAUGAUAAGCUCAUCAAUAAACACUUCACCCAGUCCGAAGGAAGAGAUCAAAUCCCCUGGAACAGUGUAGAGGUGUCAGGGUGGCGGUCCAGUGCCCGGGACCCAGACACUGUCCGGGUGGCGGUGCAUGGACCGGGACCCAGUAUGCCUGAUGUUAUAAGUACGAGUCACAGUGUGGACGUGGAUUAGCAGGGUCUGGUGCAGGGUAACCGCACGCCCCCUGGUGUUGAGCACCAGCGUUUGUGCAGGCACAAGCCAAAACCCUGAUUCAGCUUAUGCAGAUCCCAGGAACUAGAAGCUUGGAAAUAAGCAGACCUCCCAGGAGCUGAAUAGGGAGGCUCUGCAGCAAAAAAAUAUCCAGUACAGAAACAAGGCAAAGCUAGGAUAGUCACCUGAAAACAAGAUAAAGAUGAAAACAAGACAAAAUUAGUAGAACCCAGAACCAGAGAAGGAUAGGAAGCUAAACCCAGAACAUGUACACAAUACAUAAGGGAAACAUUGACAUAACAUGGGCAGGACUGGACAGGACUGGACAUGGACUGGGAAUACAAACUAAAACAAGACAAGAUAUGAAUGGCAAAACAAGAGGAGAAAUAACUAAGCACUAUAUAUGAAAAUCAUGGGGUAUUUAGUUACAUUAUAUGAUCAUACAUUGCAUAAGCCUGCCAACUGUAGCGUUACUCACCUUAUCCAGGGGCCGGCCGCGGUCCUCUCUUCAAGCCGCGCGCGGUCCUGCUGCUGCACGAGCCGCGCACGGCUCAUCCGACAGCUCCACUAGCAAGGCGGGCAGUGACCGCGAGAAGCGGUCACGUGUCCCGUCUGAAUCUAAGAGCGCGCCGCGAGUCUCGGGCGCGCUCUUAAAGAGACAGUGGGAGCCUAAAUUGUCAAAAGGCUCCCAUUGGCCCCUGUCAUACCACACUCCCCAUACACUUACCUUUUGGGGGUGUGGAUAUGACAGGAGCCAAUCACAUUAGUUUUGAAGCUAUUUAAACUUACCUCUCCCUUUACUCCCUGCCCUAUCGUGGUUUCUGUAUCAGUUCCCUUUAGCGCUUGUUGUGUUCAGUUGUGUUUCUCUGUAUUGACUUUGGCUUUGUUUCUGACUACGUUUUCUCUUAAUCCUUAUCUGUUCUGGUUGUCGGCUUGCUGUUUACUGUGUACCAGACCCCGGCUUGUCCUAGUUUACGCUGUCUCUCUGUGCCCUUGAUUUCGGAUCGUUCCUGACUCUGUCUCCUCUCAUAUACGUCGAGUCCGGCCAUUCUAAGGUCCGGUAGACGUAUCUCUCCUCUGUGUUGUCUUCUGUUUAGCUGAAUCCUGCGUGUUGGGGUAUAUUCUCGUUACAUUACGAUAGGGCCAUGGACCCCGCAGAUUUGGCUCAGCAAAUGGCUUCUCAUGAGGCAAGGUUUGUAGAGCAGGAUCACCGUAUGGAUCAGAUAGCACAGGCUCUCCAGACGCUCUUGUCUAGAACCAUUCCUGCAACCGCACCUAACCCUCCUACACCUCAUCCUCCUGAAGUAUCCAAUUCACCCAAUUCUUCGCCCCAUUUAACACCUCCUCCUAGGUACGGAGGGGAAGCCAAGACAUGCAGAGGUUUUAUUAAUCAAAUAGAAUUCCACCUUGAGAUGUAUCCUCAUUCCUUUCCCACUGAUAGGUCUAAAGUGGGGUUUUUGAUGCAUCAACUUACUGACAAAGCACUUGAGUGGGCAAAUCCUAUUUGGGAGGCCUAUUUUCUUACAGCUUUUCGUAGAACUUUUGACACAACAAAGAGGUCAAAGAAUGCCGCAAGGGCAUUAAUGAGGAUUAAACAGGGGUCUAGGUCUGUGGCGGAUUAUGCUAUUCAGUUUCGUACCCUUGCUUCACAGGUAGAUUGGACCAAUAAUGGGUUAACUACUGCGUUCAUGGAAGGUUUAUCUGACACUAUAUUAGAUGAGGUAGCGGCAAGGGAGCUUCCUAUUCCAUUAGAGGAUCUUAUUGACUACCUCAUUGAUAUAGAUAAUAGAAUUCGCGACAGGCUCUAUACCAAAAACAAGAAUAGACGUCUGGUCACAUCUAUUAACCCCAGAGUUGAUAAACCUGAGAGUGUUAAAGUACCGAGGAGGAACCCAUGCAAUUAGGGGUUGCCAAACUCUCGGAUACUGAAAAACUACUUAGAAGAAGGAAUGGACUCUGCCUAUACUGUGGUAGGCGAGACCAUAUGGUAAGGGAAUGUCCUUUGCGUCCGGAAAACUCUCGCACCUAAGACUGGCCUUGGGUGUGAUCUCUAAGUCUCCUAAAUUGCCUCCUAAUCGUUUGCUUCUCCCUGUUUCCCUUCAUACGGGGGUGAGUUGUAUAGCAGAAUGCAUACUAGCCUUGGUUGAUUCUGGGGCUGCUGAGAACUUCAUUGACUCUGAGUUUGUUACGAAAAAUAACAUUCCCGUCAGAGAAAGGGAGAUACUCUUGGCCAUUGAGGCCAUAGAUGGUAGACCUUUAAAUACUCCAGUCGUUACCCAUGAAAUUGUACCAUUAUUCAUGUACACAGGGGUUUUACACCUUGAGACCAUUCGGUUUCAGGUUAUCACCUCUCCCUCUUCUCAUAUCUUGUUAGGGUACCCAUGGUUGUGUUCUCACAAUCCCAUUUUUGACUGGGAAUUGGGACAAUUAAAAUCAUGGGGUAAAACCUGCCACGACUCUUGUAUGAUUAAAGUCACCCCUUUAAAUACCAUUAAUGUUCCUACCACUCCUCCUUUGUCUACUGUUAUACCUCCUCAAUACUUGUUUCUCAAGACUGUAUUCGAUAAAAGGGAAGCUGAUAAAUUACCGCCUCACAGAUCCUAUGAUUGUGCUAUCGAUUUAUUGCCUGGCACUAUACCUCCUAAGGGCAGGGUGUACCCCUUAUCUAUUCAAGAAAACCGUAUCAUGGAGGAGUAUGUUAAAGAAUCACUAGAAAAGGGGUUCAUUAGGAGAUCCUCUUCUCCGGCUGGAGCAGGGUUUUUCUUCGUAUCUAAGAAAGAGGGUGAUUUAAGACCGUGCAUCGAUUAUAGAGGUCUAAACAAAAUCACUAUAAAAAAUGCAUACCCUAUACCUUUAAUUACAGAGUUAUUUGACAGGCUAAAACAUGCUACUGUGUUCACCAAAUUGGACCUUAGAGGUGCAUACAAUUUAAUACGCAUAAAGGAAGGUCACGAAUGGAAGACCGCAUUCAACACUAGAUCCGGUCAUUACGAAUAUACUGUUAUGCCAUUUGGUCUUUGCAAUGCCCCAGCAGUAUUUCAGGAAUUUAUUAAUGACGUCCUAAGAGACUUUAUUCACACAUUUGUAAUUGUAUACUUGGACGACAUAUUGAUAUAUUCUACAGAUUUACACACUCAUCACAGGCAUGUCACAACGGUAUUGAAUACCCUUCUUAAUAAUGGUCUUUACUGUAAACUAGAAAAAUGUUUAUUUGACCAAUCCGAAGUCCAGUUCUUGGGGUAUUUGAUUUCCGCCAAAGGGUUUCGUAUGGAUCCCCAGAAGCUUUCUGCGGUUAUAGAGUGGCCUCUGCCACAGGGUUUGAAAGCAAUUCAACAUUUUCUUGGUUUCUCUAACUAUUAUAGACGCUUUAUUAAGGGUUUUUCUUCUAUUGUAGCACCUAUCACCCGUAUGACAAAAAAGGGUGGUAAUACUCGUGUCUGGUCUCCGGAGGCACUUCAGGCUUUCGACUUUCUUAAAACUACAUUCGCCUCGGCACCUAUUUUACAGCACCCUAUCCCCUCACUGCCUUAUAUUCUUGAAGUUGAUGCUUCUGAAAUCGGGGUAGGUGCUGUUUUGUCCCAAAGAGAAUCGCCUGAAAAGCCAUUGCAUCCAGGGCCAGAUUAAGAGCCCAGUGGGCCUGGUGCUGACAAUUAUGACGGGCCUAAUUACAGAAUCAUAUUGACCAAAAACAGUAAAACACUCCCAAGCGUCAUGUAUCUGAUGGAGAUGGUGCUGGAGAGAAAGAAAACAGCAGCUAUAAGAAAACACAUACCCUAGUCUAAUCUCUCACUAAUUUAUGUUUUCAUAUUUCAAGUAAAUACAUAACCCCUAACAGCAGUGUCCAGUCAAGCAGGAAGUCAAUGGGCACGGUAAAAGGGUGUGCCACUGACCCAAAUCACGUAACCUGCCAAAAGGGGCGAACAUGCCCAAAAAGAGGACAUGUCUGCUCAAAGAAUUAGAAGGCCAGCCUGGCAUGAAUGCAUGUCAGGCUGCCUGCCAAUCAUGCAGCUGGCCAACUAAGGGCAUACUAUGCAGACAGCACCCUGAGCUUGGCAUAAAUGCAUCUAAUGAUGCGCUCACUCAACGCUUUCUAAGGACUGUCCCCUAGCACUCGCUGGCCACUUGUCUCCUUACCUUCUUACUGGCAGGCAGAAACUCCUGGUAUAUGGUCUGGGACAGCAAAAGCUGUAUGUAGUGAAUGUAGAAGAAAGGGAACAUGCCACAGUGUUAGAGAGAUAAAAAGUCAGCAUUACCUUAAAGGAUCACUAUAGGGUCAGGAACACAAACAUUAAUUCAUGACCCUAUAGUGUUAACACCACCAUCUGGCCCCCCAUCUGGCCCCCCAUAUAGCAAAAUCCUACUAUAUUCAAGCCUGAAGCUGUAACUCAGCAUGCUGUUAGACUCAUAAAAACAAACAGUCUGCUGACAUCAUUAGAAGUGGUGGCCUGAUCCAAUCACAGUGCUUCCCCAUAGGAUUGGCUCAGACUGACAAAGAGGCAGAUCAGGGUCAGAGCCAGCAUGAUUCAAACACAGCCCUGGCCAAUCAGCAUCUCCUUAUAUAGAUGAAUUUAAUUAAUGAAUCUCUAUGAGGAAAUUUCAGUGUCUGCAUGCAGAGGGAGGAGACACUGAAUGUUUGGAUUCAUUUUAGGCAGCCAUGACCCAGGAAGGAUCUCUAACAGUCAUCUAAGGAGUGGCCAGUGAAGUUAUCACUAGGCUGUAAUGUAAACACAGCAUUUUCUCUGAAAAGACCGUGCUUACAGCAAAAAGCCUGAUGGCUUGGGGGACAGUGAGACACUGGCAGACUGGGGGCACUGGGAGACUAGGGGGCACUGAGACACCAGGGACACUGUCUGGGAGACAUGGAGACACUGUGUUCCCAUGUGUCUGUGCCAUAAUGUCUCCCAGUGUCCCUUAGUGUCUCAGUGUCUGCCAUAAUGUCUCCCAGUGUCCCUUAGUGUCUCAGUGUCUGCCAUAAUGUCUCCCAGUGUCCCUUAGUGUCUCAGUGUCUGCCAUAAUAUCUCCCAGGUCCCUUGGUGUCUCAGUGUCUGCCAUAAUGUCUCCCAAUGUCCCUUAGUGUCUCAGUGUCUGCCAUAAUGUCUCCCAAUGCCCCUUAGUGUCUCAGUGUAUGUCUCCUUGCAGCCUUUCCCCAUCCCUUACUUCCCUGAGCUGUAGGCUGUCUCUGCAGGGUGGGAGUUGCUGUCUGGACUCUCUAUAGCUGCACCCCUACAGAUCAGUGAGUAUAGAUAGGCAGGGAGGGAUAUGCUGAAACUUCCUAUCCCUGCCUGUCUCCACACACAGCGACCCCUACUGGCCAGUGCUGGUAUUGCAUAGUAAUCUCUUGUUUAUACUGAGAAAAAUACCAGCAUUUGUAUUGCCAGUAUCACUGCAAUAUUGGCACCAGCCAGGCAGCCUCAAAUACUGGCUGUGUCAAUAAAAUAAAAGCCAGGUGGAAUCCCAAAGAGUAGUAUGUGAAAAAAAAUUGUAAAAAAAAAUAUAUAUAUAUAUAUAUAUUUUUUUUUUAAAUCAAUGGGCCUAUUCCAUGGGCCUGGGCCUGGAGCUGCAGCUCCAUCAGCCCCUAUGUUAAUCCGGCCCUGAUUGCAUCCUUGUGGCUUCUUUUCUAGACAAAUGUCCAAAGCUGAAAGGAAUUAUGAUGUGGGUAAUCGUGAACUCCUUGCUAUUAUCUUAGCCCUUAAAGAAUGGAGACAUCUGUUAGAAGGAACUAAGGAUCCUAUUCUAAUUUUUACAGAUCACAAGAAUCUAUCCUACCUUGGUGAAGCUAAAAGAUUAUCUUCUAGGCAGGCUAGAUGGUCACUAUUUUUGUCCCGUUUCAAUUAUAUUAUCACCUAUAGGCCAGGUGAUCGCAACAUUAAAGCAGAUGCUCUGUCCAGACAGUUCGAAACUACUGACAAACAGGAGGUUGAUGUUACUCCUGUCAUUCCCCCAGACAGGAUAAUAGCCACUACUAUGUUGUCUAUUUCUUCAUCCCUCUUGCAGACCAUACAGGCGAAACAAAGUAUGGCACCUAGCGAGAGGCCUAUUGAUAAAUUGUUUGUUGAUGUUCCCGAGAGACGGGAGAUUCUGUCAUUAUAUCAUGAUACUAAGACUGCUGGACAUCCUGGUAUUACCAAAACGAUGUCAGCCAUUUCUCGAUAUUUUUGGUGGGGUUCCUUACGUAAGGAUGUCACUGACUAUAUAAGUGCUUGUACUACUUGUGCAUGUAUGAAAACGUCUCGUAGAGUUCCUUGUGGGCUUCUGCAUCCCUUACCAGUUCCCGAGAGACCUUGGUCUAACCUAUCCAUGGAUUUUAUUGUUGAAUUACCCCCUUCGAAUGGUAACACAGUCAUCCUGAUGAUAGUAGAUCGGUUUUCCAAGAUGGCUCACUUUGUGUCUCUUCGCAAGUUGCCCACAUCCAAGGAACUGGCUCUUAUCUUCGCUAGAGAAGUAUUUCGGUUACAUGGUAUUCCUGUAUCUAUCGUGUCCGAUAGGGGUAGUCAAUUUAUUUCCAGGUUCUGGAAAGCCUUUUGCUCAGAAAUAGGUAUUUCCCUCUCAUUUUCUUCCGCUUACCAUCCCCAGUCUAAUGGAGCUGCUGAACGUGCCAACCAGUCUCUGGAGCAGUACCUUCGUUGUUUUGUGUCUCACCAUCAGGACAAUUGGUCUGACCUACUUCCUUGGGCUGAGUUUGCUCGAAAUAAUGCCACUCAUGAUUCUUCCGGCAAAAGCCCUUUUUACGUUGUCUAUGGCCAGCAUCCCGUUGUUCUUCCGGCUGCAUUCUCCUCACAGGGCAUGCCAGUUCUGGAUGAGCAUUUGGCUGGUUUGCGUAAUACUUGGGAGCAGGUUCAGCGUUCUUUGGUGGAUUCCGCUGCUCGCCAGAAGGCUCAGGCUGACAAGCAUCGCAGGGCGGCUCCUACUUAUGUUGUGGGGGACAGGGUUUUGCUUUCCACGCGGAAUAUUCGCCUGCGGGUGCCUUCUAUGAAAUUGGCUCCCCGCUUCAUAGGUCCUUAUCGUAUACUGCAUAAGGUUAAUCCUGUUUCAUACGCCUUGGGUCUUCCUAGGAAUCUGCGUAUUCCUAAUGUGUUUCACACUUCGUUGUUAAAGCCUUACGUACGCAACCGCUAUACCCGGCAUUCUCCGCCUCCCCCUCCUGUCUCCGUGGAGGGUCAUGAGGAAUUCGAAGUCUCUGCUGUUCUUGACUCUCGUUACCUUAGGGGUCGACUUCAGUACUUGGUGCAUUGGAAGGGUUAUGGGCCUGAGGAGCGCAGUUGGAUUUCAGCUGAUGCUGUUCACGCUCCCCGCCUUGUGCGUUCUUACCAUUCUCGUUUUCCUGCCAGGCCUGGCCCUACCCGCCCGGAGGGCGUGUCCUCAGGGGGGGGUACUGUAGCGUUACUCACCUUAUCCAGGGGCCGGCCGCGGUCCUCUCUUCAAGCCGCGCGCGGUCCUGCUGCUGCACGAGCCGCGCGCGGCUCAUCCGACAGCUCCACUAGCAAGGCGGGCAGUGACCGCGAGAAGCGGUCACGUGUCCCGCCUGAAUCUAAGAGCGCGCCGCGAGUCUCGGGCGCGCUCUUAAAGAGACAGUGGGAGCCUAAAUUGUCAAAAGGCUCCCAUUGGCCCCUGUCAUGCCACACUCCCCAUACACUUACCUUUUGGGGGUGUGGAUAUGACAGGAGCCAAUCACAUUAGUUUUGAAGCUAUUUAAACUUACCUCUCCCUUUACUCCCUGCCCUAUCGUGGUUUCUGUAUCAGUUCCCUUUAGCGCUUGUUGUGUUCAGUUGUGUUUCUCCGUAUUGACUUUGGCUUUGUUUCUGACUACGUUUUCUCUUAAUCCUUAUCUGUUCUGGUUGUCGGCUUAAUGAUUACUGUGUACCAGACCCCGGCUUGUCCUAGUUUACGCUGUCUCUCUGUGCCCUUGAUUUCGGAUCAUUCCUGACUCUGUCUCCUCUCAUAUACAUCAAGUCCGGCCAUUCUAAGGUCCGGUAGACGUAUCUCUCCUCUGUGUUGUCUUCUGUUUAGCUGAAUCCUGCGUGUUGGGGUAUAUUCUCGUUACACCAACAACGCCAAUGUACUCCAUAUCUGGCAGGUCCUACUCUGCCUAAUGCAAACUAAACCAACCAAAGAAAACACACAUAGUACUUACCUGCAAGAAAGGGCAGAAGACUUGAGCAGCUGCCUGCAGGGACACUGAAAGAAAAGGAAUGAUGGAAAACAAACGGGUGUGGCAACAUAAAACAAACAUUUAAAGGAAACCUGGACACUGGGAAUUCCAUGGACGGAUUACAGGAAUUAACCCAGAAAAACCCAGCAUAAAGAAAACCAGACAUGGAAUAGAAAACCAGAAAAACCAAGAAAAACUAAACAAGAAUUGUAAAAAGAGUACUGGAUACCAGAAGCCAAGGCCAGACUUCUCUGCAGAACAUAGCAUGAUGUGACAAGAGGUGAUCCAAGUCCAAAGGUGGGGUUAAUAAAAGCAAAAUCAGGAAACAUAAAUAAAUAAAAUAAAAAAAUAAAAAUAAAAAUAAAGUGAAAAGGUAUGUCUCUCCUGGCCCUACGCAUUUCGUCCUGCUGGGGACUUCGUUAGGGGCUCUGCUGUGUCUCUAUGACCUAUGUAUGCUGUGAUUCCAUUUAAAUGUAUCUCUUACCGCCCUGAAAUGCCAUCAGCCAAUCCAGAGCGGAGUCUUCGUUUGAAGAAUCUGUUUUCAUUCAUUGCUUCCUGCGUUUCAAUAGAAUCCAAGUCCUAGUUUUUAUAUUUUUAUUUUAUUUUUAUUUACACUUUGAUCUGAUUUGAUCUGGGAUUUGAUCUCUUCCUUCGGCCUGGGUGAAGUAUUUAUUGAUGAUCUUAUCAUUUUACUUGAUCUUAUGAGUGCAACUUGUAAUAAAUUUAGAUUUUACUUUCAGUUUGCACUAUGUGUUUGUAUCAUAAAUGGAGUGAAGGAAAGAAGGUGCUGCAGUGCUGCUGUUAUAUGCCUACUAUCAAUCUCCAGUUUGUGAGUGCAAUAUAUUCACGAACGCCUUUUAUGGUGUCUAACAGUAUUACACUAUUUGUGCUUUUCUCUGUAUUUUAUUGUAGAUUGUAUUUACAUAUAUAUUUUAUUCGGAGAUUUGGAGUAGUCUUCUUACUUUCCGCAGUAUACUAAAAAGGGUAAUUUUUACCUUUUCAUGUUUGCUUAUAUCCACUGGUGGUGCGCAUUUCGGGUCACAUAUUUUUUCAAUAUAGCAAAAAUUCAGCAUUUAUUAAAUUAUACAAACUAAAAUGUCAUUCACAAUCUAUUUGCAAUAAACUUGAAAUUUGUCAGUAUUACAUCUUAUGAGUUCAGUUAUUUUCAUCUAAAAUAUUAUAUAUAAAAUAUACAAUUUUGAGCUUUUGUUCACUUGCAUCAGUUUUCCAUAUUUAAUAUAACAAAUUUUAUCACUCUAAGAUAUUGUCAUUUGUGAUGUUUUCAGUGUGAGUCAUGCUUAACAUACAUUGUUAGGUCAACACACAAUCAUGUAACAAUAUUAUAUCCCCUCUCCUACUUUGUGUAGCAGAUGCAGAAUUGUACCUUUCUUCGUUCCUUCUCAUCUCACUUUUGGGCAGAGCUAAUCUUUUCGAAUGUAUUACAUUCCUAAGCAUACUGUACCUACUGCAGGUUCUCUUAAGAUAAACGAGAUAUAAGUGUCUGUUUCUCUCUGCCAUUAUAACUCACUAUUCUCCCCUUGUAGUGAAUCCCAUAUCUGGUAAUGGCUCAUGGUUUCAAGGUUAUCUCUUCCUGUAUCUCCACGUACUGUGUUCUUUGCUCUAGCUAUCUCCCCUUUAUACUGUAAUGUGAUGACUUUAUUCACAUUUACCAAAUACACUUGUAUGUCAUUUAUUUACUCUUGUAUGAUUUGGUAUCCAGAAACUUUCUCCAGUAGCAGUAUCAUGUUAUGUACCUAUCUUGUUUAAAAACAUAUUGUGUUCUUUAAAAACAAGACAAGUCAUGAGGUUUCCUGAACAUUUUUGUGGAACCCCUUUGCCCACAAAAUGUGAUUUAAAAAUAAAUAAAUAAAUAUUUAACAAGACAUCUAGGAGGUCUUCAUAUCCCUAAUGUUACAUCUCUGACAAAACAUGCAAUAGAUUAGCUACUAAUGAAUUAUACUUUAACCCCUUAAGGACACAUGACAUGUGUGACAUGUCAUGAUUCCCUUUUAUUCCAGAAGUUUGGUCCUUAAGGGGUUAAUUUAAUGAUAAAUCUACAGACACUGCUCUUACUUCUGCCUUCUUUGCCCCCCUUUUCCUAGAAAGCAAUAUUACAUACACCCAAACCAUUUCUCUUAUUAUCAGUUUUUCUGGUCCCUUACGUCAACUGGAGAAUUCUAAGUAUAAGAUGGAAUAUUCCAAAAGGGCUAAUCAACCUAUGCCUUCUCAUUAUGGGGUAAAGAGGGAAUCAUAACAGUUUACCAAUUUCAAAAUCUCACUGAUCAGUUGAUCCAGAGUUACAUCAAUCAUUCCAACUGCAUUAAUACCCUUCAGAGUUAAAGACAGGCAAAAACCCAUAGAACCCUGCAAGUCUACUGUCUAUUUCUAUUCCAAAUACCAAAUGGGUUGAUUUAUUUGAGGAACCCUGUUAUCACUCCAUAAUCUAAUAAAUUUAGUAAGGAAGCCUACAAUAUAAUCCUCAUAAUAGUCCCUUGGAUAUAUAAAUUAGCUAAUUUUAAUUAAUGUAUCAUAUCCUUCUUAUCUUGGCUGUAGUGGAUCUCAGGAAUAAAAAUAUUAAUGAUUUAUGUUCCAUUACAUGUAAUUUAGAAACUGAAAUAUUAAUCAGGUUUGUAUAUAAUUCUUAAUCAUUUCCAUACAAAAUGUGCUUGCAGGAAAUAUUGAAAUGCCUCCGCAAACGAAUAUUCUCUAUUAAACAUUAACAUUUUAAUUGCCAGUGUCAGGAGUGAAAGUGAAGUCUUUAGUACACAUGAUUACUGAAAUACAUGAAUUUUAUUGUCCAGAGUAAGGCCGCUUUGAAUGAUUUUUUAAAGAAACCACAAUUUUAAGCAAUACCACACUGUUGUUUCAUAAAGGAGAGAUUAUUUUCAGAAAAACAAAUUAAACAAAAUAAACAGUGUGAUAGGGUUGCCUAGGGAUCCACCCUUGGACUUAAAUAAUUCCCUCAUUUUUUUUUGCAAGUAUGUGUAUUUGUACAUUUCAAAGACUGUCAAAAACAUUAUGAUUCUAACAUAACUUUAAUAACAUUGAGCUAAAUGUUAUCAUAGAGGCUACUGCUGUUGUACCAUGCUGACGAAUCCUGGAUGAUAUUGUGCAUCCAAUGGUCAACACUCCAGAUUCGUAAAGCACUUUAGCUUGUUAAAGUACUUUAUGUGUGAAGAGUAUGUUCUCUUUUUUCAUUUUACCAAAAGUCCAGAAAAUUGCAGUUUUAUAAGGUAAAGGAAAGGGUAUUUUUUUUUUACCAUAAGAACAAUAAGGAUGUGGAAUUUUCUGCCCGAAGAAGUAGUUUUAUCAGAGUCCGUACAGAUGCUUAAACAGCAACUAGAUGCAUACUUGCAAAAACAUAAUAUUCAAUUCUAUAAUGUUUAACUGUAGGGUAAUAGCUUCUUGAUCCUAGUAUAAAUAUGACAGCCAUUCUGGGGUCAAGAAGGAAUUUCUUCCUAGUUUGUUGUAAAGGGCUUCAAAUUGGAUUUUUUUUGCCUUCUUUUUGAUCAACAGCAAAAAACAAAUGUGAGGAAGGCUCAACUUGAUGCACACAUGUCUCUUUUCAGCCUAUGUAACUAUGUGACCUUGUUACACCCCUUUGGCUGUCAAUCAGACAACUGGUCCAGUUACUUCCUGGUUACUCUUCUCAGUUGAGCUUAACUCAAUUGCUCAGAGCAUGUGCCUUGCAAAGACUUUUCAUUGAGAGGGAUUGGGAAGUCUGUGAUUGGACAGCCACAGAAAGUCUGGGCUGUGGGAGAAGAGCAUGACUUGCAAGGGCAGCAGAUAAGAGAUCUGAAAAAUGUCUAAUUAAAUGAAUGCACGUCUUUAUUGUGGGUACAUCUAUUAUAGAGUGUUUUAAAAAAAAAAUCUUUCUUGUAUUUGGGAAAUGGAGUGUCCCUCUGAGAUCAUAACCCAAGCAGUCAUAUAAAUGUCCUUUCUGACUAUAUAUUUAUAUUUUAGGUAAAAGUGAUGAUGAUGAAGAUGCAGCCAAAAUCGAUGACUGCAAAGGAGCAGAAGAUGGCAAAGACCAGAAACGGCCCAAGAGACCAAGAACCAUUUUAACAACACAACAACGCAGGGCAUUUAAAGCUUCCUUUGAAGUAUCUUCAAAACCAUGCCGGAAGGUAAAAUUGUCGCAACAUUUCUUAAAAACGAUCGGUUAAUCAGAUGAAUAGUAAUAAAAUAAAUUUGUAAGAUGUUAUGGUGGAGCACUUAGUGAUUAUUUUAAUGUGUUACUAAUGUAUAUGAAUACCUUCUUAAAGUGCCAAUCUUAUAAAGUGCAAUCUCAACUAUGUUUUUUUUUUUUGUGUGCAAAUAUUUCUAAAAAGUGUCAAUCCAGUACUCAAUUUAAAAAUAAAUAAAUAAAUAAAAAGUCCCCUGAUAAUUACAUAAAUAAAUAAUUAGUUCCUUAGCAACAAAAUAAAACUCAAAGUAGCUUACCAUAUCGAAUUUAUGAAAAGUGCAUUUCAAAAAUAUUUCUUAUGAAAUCCAAAGUAUAAAAUGAGAUUGCUGAAAAUAUACCAAAUAUAACUAAAAGCUUCAUAGUUUGAGUAUAAAAAUAAAUAUUUAUAGUAGAUAUCAUAUGGCUACUGAGAGUACACAUUGAGGUUUAUUUACUAAAUAUUUCUGUGAAUUGAAAACUUGAGUACAGCAUACAAGUUAAAACAUCCACACCGUGAUAAAUUGAGGAUUCUUACUUGUUUGUGUUCAUUUUGUCCAAGUUUUGUGUCUGCACACUGAACACACCACUUUGGUCUUUGUCUCAUUCCAGAAUAAGGAAGUGAGCAGUGGGCUGCGCAUGUGCAUUUGUACUUUGAUUAUUGGAGGGUGAAUAUUUUAUUAGAGAAAUAUAUCAUUAUUUACUAAAAAGCAAUGUUCACGUUAUAGCCUGCAGUGUAACUGUAUAAUACUAAAUCUAAACAUGCAAGCUUAGAUCAAAUGCUGGAAUAUGAGGUACUGUAUGUCAUGCUUUACCCAAAGUUUAGCAUAGAAUACAUUCCUACACAUACAUGUCUACACAUUUGUAUGUAAAGAUAUUGUCCCCAUAUUAAUACGUUGUCAUAAUGACUGAUAUCUGAAUGUUUCUUUGUGUAGGUGAGGGAAACACUAGCUGCUGAAACUGGGCUCAGUGUACGAGUGGUACAAGUCUGGUUCCAGAAUCAGAGGGCUAAAGUAAGUAUCCAAACACCUGCUUUUCCCCCUUCACUGUAUGACAGAGGUCAUCCAAAAUCUGCUGUCUAAGUCUUCAUUUAUAUAAAAUGUUUGUGUAAAUCCAUUAGCUUCUACAACUCACACCCCUGGACAUCAAGAUUUGGACUUGUUGUUUUAUUAGCACAUAUGCAAUGUGUAACACACACCACAUAUCAAUGAUACCAAUCUGAAGGGGUUACUCUAAGCGUUAUAAUGGGCUUGUUAAUGGGCAAACCAUUUUGCAAUGGUUUGCACUCUUACUUGGUUCCCUGCAGGACUCAGAAGCUCUCUGCUGCUUUGGUGAUGCGAUGCCGUUGUCAUUUAUUGGUUGAGAGCAUCAGCCUAAGCAAUUUUGGCCAAUCAGUGACAUUCUGUGUAGGGGAAUGUGCAUAGAAUUGACAUUAACCGGCCCCAAGUUCUAUUUUCUAGCUGUCUAAUGACACCCCAAAACACUUCACAUACAGAUUCCAGGCACCGUGGAAUUCAAAUCACUGAAGUGGUUAUGGUGCUUUGAGUAAACCCUUUCGGGUAGUUUUAUGAUUACAGUAAUCGAAGGGACAUGCCAGACUGAAGAUGAUCCCCUAUUUUAAUUCAUUGUGUAACUAUUGCAUUAAGACACCUUAUGGAAGAAAAAUACUAAAUAAACAGAAGAGAAUUCCAAUACAGAACAGCUAUCUAAUCAGCUCAUUCGCUGUGAUUGCAUUAUAAACAUUGUAAGGUUUAUACACCAUAUGGCAUCAGUUUUAAGUGAUUCAUGAUCCUGUUAUUUUGCUUUAUUUUUAACAGAUGAAAAAACUGGCAAGGAGGCAACAACAACAGCAGCAACAGCAGCAGGAUCAACCAAACUCAGCACGAAUAACUUCAGGUACUAACAAUACUACGUGAUGUGGAAAUGAGAGACCAUCAAUUCUUAAAUAAAUAUACAUAUUCUGACUCUAAAAAAGAAAACGUAAACGUUUACUCCAAGCAUUGCGACUACUUCAGUGAUCUGUAGUGGUUUUGGUGCCUGGACUCUGUAUGUGUAGCUUUUUGCUCUGAAACACUGCAAAAAUGGAGAUUAAACUCACAGCUGCUGGAGGUGGAACUUCACCUCCACCUCUGUCUUUGGGGCAUCAUUUGCCAACCCAGAACAAGAGUGAAUUCUGUGCAAAUUUAGCAUCUGCCGCUUAUGUGUCGUCCCGUCAGGCCGCCUUUUCUUACAUCCCUACCUGACAUCCUUCCCUCUCCAGCAAGGUGAAUGACACCUGUGGAGAAGAAUUGGGUGCAUGGAGAACUUGGCGUAUGCACUCGACCGAGGUCAUUUUUAGUUGUUUUCCUUAAUUUUUCAGGUUGAACUCUUUAAUAUCUUCCAAGUUGAAUUUGUUUUUUGGCUACGCAUUAGGUACUAAGAUUGAUGGAGCUCAAGUCAAUUGUUUCUCAAAUGGCUUUAGCAUAUUAUUCAUAGAGAUUAUUUGUAUAUUUCUGAGUUAAGUCCAUUUUGAGUUCAAAGAAGACACAACCCAGGAGAUAAACUCAGGGGUAACGCAACAGCAAUAUAGCUAUUAAUAGUGAACUCGCGCAGACGUGUAGGUGUUUUAUUUAUUAUUUUAUUUAUGUAUUAAUUAAGUUAUUUUUUUUGAAAAUUAUUAACUGUUGAUUUUCUUCAUUUCACUAAAUGGGUGAUAUUUAUCAAAGUGCGACCAACAUUUUUAUGUCAAAUUUAUUGGAAAUUUUGGUGCAAUGUAUUAAAUUAAAUUAAUUCAAUUUUUUCAACUGUUGCUUUGUUUGAACCCUACCUGUCAAGUCUGAGUAAAUGCAAUUAUUCCAGUGACACAACAGGUUUUUGAAAAUCCUUCCCCUUUUCCAACAGUAAGGUGUUUUAUUUCACUUCAUCAUUCUAAAUCUAACCUCCUCCUAGAUUAAAAAUUUCUGUGGAAAGUGGUAGAAUUUACUAUAGAGAAAACCAUCACUUUUUAAAACAUUUUUUGAACACUUUAAUAAACUCUCACUUUUCAGAACUUUUUGAUAAAUAUUUCUCAAUAUAUUUGAGUUUACUAUUAGGUAAAUUAUCACAUGGGAUAUAUUGUUUGCUUGCUGAUCCAACAAAAUUGAUUGCCUUUUUGGAGUCAAGAUGGAUUUAAAAAACAAAACAAAACUUAGUGUAAUCAUUCUUAAAAUUGCAGAACCUGACAUGUGUACAUGGUUGAGCAUGACAGACCUGGCUUCUUUUUAUUGUCAAUAUUAAUAUGUAACUAUGAUUUCCAUGCUACAUCAGUUACCUGUUCAUUCAAACGUUUAUCCUAAAUUCCAUUGGUAUUUAAAAUGUUAUCUGUUAACCCUGUUUUGUAUAUUUCAAAUUCUAACUUUGCAGUACAAUAUUUUUUUAUGGACCAUUACACUGGAUUCUGUUGACAGAUUGUUGGCACAGUUGAAUUGCUAGUGCAUUCACAUAUUCUGCUACGUGCCAGUAAUGAGUUCAAACUGCAGUAACACCGUAAUAUCAGGUUUUUGGGAUUUGCUGCCUUGUAAAUAAAUGCUAUUGAGGAAUAAAGUUACAUUCACUUAUAUGCUCAUAUUGUCUUUGGUAAAUUUUCAGCUCAAACACAUAUUUCUGGAAAUGCCAGCAUUGAAGGCAUCAUGAAUGUCUUCACAUCGUUGCCUCAACAACAACUCCUCUCUGUUGAGCAAAACAUUUACACUUCUGACCCGUUCCAGCAAGGACUCACUCCACCACAAAUGCCAGGAGAUCACAUGCAUCCAUACGGUAGGAUUCUAUGUCAGUGACAAUGGGAUCUAGAUUUAUCUCAUUACACAUGUGUUUCAUUGAAUAAAUCCUCGUCACCUUCAACAACUGAUUCGAUCUUCCGGACGUGGAAGACUUUUUAUCAUCUUACCAUCCUCAGUUCAUUUUUCUCAUGUGCCCCGAAACAGUCUUUUCCCGAAGCCCUCUCCAGCAUUUGUACCUUUUACCUUACCUUGCCAAUUCCACUGUUUACCUUUUAACUUACCUUGCUUGGGUCACUUAUCUUUACUCUUAUUUUAUGCAAUGUCACACUCACAAAAACAUGUACAAUAUAUAUAUAUAACGAAAUAAUUAUAUUUGUAAACAAUGUUCAAAAGUCAAUAUGAGAUUCGAUUACUCCAUUUUACAUUUAUAAAUACGAUCGUUGUUUUGUCGAGUAAUAAAAUGUGAGCAGAAUAUUGUUUUGCUGCAGAGGGAUUUGGAUGAAUUGGGGGACUGGGCACUAAAAUGGCAGAUGAAAUUUAACAUAGAGAAAUGCAAAGUUAUGCACUUCGGGGUUAAGAAUGCACAAGCAAUUUACACCCUAAAUGUUAGGGAAUUAGGGAUAACCACACACGAGAAGGAUUUGGGAAUUAUUAUAGACAACAAAUUAAACAGCAAUAUGUAAUGUCAAUCUGCAGUUGUUAAGGAAAUAAUCAUUUUAGUUAUGAAGAAAGGUUAAAAAAUUUAAAUCUGUUUAGUUUGGAAAAACGGCGCCUGAGAGGGGAUAUGAUAACAUUAUACAAAUAUAUUCGGGGCCAGUACAAACCUUUAUCUGGAAAUCUAUUCAUAAACAGGGCUAUACAUAGGACACGAGGUCACACAUUUAGGCUGUAAGAAAGGCAAUUUCAUCUAAGGCAAAGAAAAUGUUUUUUUACAGUAAGAGCAAUAAGGAUAUGGAAUUCUCUGCCUGAAGAGGUGGUUUUGUCAGAGUCUAUACAGAUGUUUAAACUGCAAUUGGAUAAAUACUUGCAAAAACACAACAUACAGGGAUAUGAUUUCUAAUUAGUGGGGUGAUAGCUGCUUGAUCCAAGGAGAUCUCUGAAUGCUAUUUUGGGGUCAAGAAGGAAUUUUUUUCUAGUUUGUUGCAAAAUUGGAAGCACUUCAGACUGGGUUUUUUGCCUUCUUUUGGAUCAACAGCAAAAACAUAUCUGAGGAAGGCUGAACUUGAUGCAUGCAAGUGUCUUUUCAGCUAUGUAACUAUGUAACUAUGAAACUAUGUAACUAUGAGUUGUAAAACUACAACAAUGUUGGGCUUCAGAAUGUAAUGUGUCAUUCCCAGGAUUGCUCUAGUUUAUUAGGUCGAUAAAUAUGAUGCUAGGGGUGGGAUUUAUUUAGAAAAGUUUUGGAAUUCUUUGAAAAAAUCUUAUUGUGUUUUUUUUAUUAUAUAUUUGUUUCCAUUAUCACGGCUGUGCUAUUCUCUUACGCAUAAAUGAAACCUCAACUGUCUAUAUAUUUGCUUUUGAUACGAAAGUACCUUAACUAUGACAGUGUCGGUAGUAAAUUUUGUCCAGAAUAAUUUUCACAAUUUCAGGCAUAUAUUUUAUUCAUCGACACCACUAAAAUUCAGAACCCAAGUCAAUGGUGAAAGCACAAAAAAACAAACAAAAAUGCUGCGACAGGAGCCAAAGAGAAUUAUAUGAUGUAUUACUAAUUGCAAGGAAAAGAAUGCACUUAAAUAAAUGCAUUAAAUAUGAUUCUGCCACUAUUAUCCAUAAUCCCCUAAAAGUCUGAAUAAUUUUAUUCUUUCCUACUUUAGAUUUCAGUCAGGUGAAAAGGAUUAAAAGCAUCAAAAAUAUUCUCUUUCACUCAUGAAGUAAACCAUUGAGUCUUUUCGUUAACUUUAUAUGAGUAAAAUAUUAGUCCGAUCUUGAAUUCCAGGUUUUUUUUUUUUUAGACCUAGGAAUAUCAUGUUAAGACAGGGCUAGACAUUGUUUUUUCUGGUUACCUGAAACUCUUUCAAUCUGAGAUGAGUAACCUCCAAACCUCCAGCUAUUGCUGGACUAUAAUUCACAUUAUCCCCUGGCUGUGAGGAAUUUGAGUUCUAGUCCAGCAAAGAACUGUAGCAUGAUACUGUGCAAUAAUCCUCUGUUCUCGACUUUUCUGGAAAGUGUGUCGAUAUCAUUUAGAAAUGGGUGUCACUUGCGUUUAAUUUUUAUACAGCUUUGCGAGUACAUUAAUUCUUUGUAAUCAAUCAUUAAUAAUAGUAUAAUUGGUAUACUACAAUUCUGAUGCCCAAUGUUGUCUUUCUUAAAGGUGGAGAGACCCUUUUUCAUGAUAUGGACAGUGAUGAAGCUUCUCUUAACAAUUUGGGAGAAUGUCUACUUGCAGCAUCCGAAGUGGGAGGCCUGCAAGCCCGAGUGGGGAAUCCAAUCGAUCGUCUUUACUCCAUGCAAAGCUCAUAUUUCACAUCCUGA